AUGAACGGACGAGCUAGUCGAUCGGAUCGCAACGCCCGUAACGGUGCUGAGUGCACGCGCGUAUGCACGGGUGACCGGACACGAAAAGUACGCGCCGUCCGGUGCCGUGCCGUCCGCGGGAAAAAAAUCAAAUAUAGCCGGCGGGGCCGGUCGCCGUCUGCGGGAAAAGCCGAGCAGGCCCCGGCGUUUCCGGUGUCGCCAUCUCUUUCCUCGCGGACGACCGGGGAGCUUCUCGCGCCCGCGCCAUCUUUUCCGGGGGCGCCGCCGCGGCACUCCGCGGUCCGGCCGGCCGCACAGAUGGCGCCAGCCGAUACAAUAAUACCGCGCCGGGUGACCGCGAGACGCGUUCACGGUCCGGCGGGUUCCCCACCACCGCCGGGCGCGACGGCGGCGGCGGCGGCGGCGGGCCGACCGACCGACGUCGUUCGGGAGGCGGUCGGCGGUGUGCGCCGCUAUAACCCGUUAGUAGACGAUGUAGAUCAGAUGUUCGUGCACCGUCAACGCUGUUGCUGUCGCCGUCGCUUUACGCAGUUGUUUUCGCGCGUGUAAUAACAACAAUACCACCGCGGUGGCCGGACAGUCCGAAUUUCCCCGUAAACCGCGUUCGACAGUAUCGUAAAUAACACCGGUGACCGCGGCGAACGCAGUGGAUAAAUACCGUAAUAGUAUCGCGCUUUCCCCCUCGCCGACCCCUUCGCACCAAUACCGUCCCCNCCCUCCCCCCGACCGACCGAGUUUUCAUCCCGAGCGCAUAACGCGCGGUCCGCGCACGCGAACGCCCGGCGCCGCGGUUUUCCCGCACGGAAUCACCUGCGCCCGCGAUACUUUCCGAAGGAUAAGCGGACACGGAUCGCGGCGUCAUGCCGGUAGACUCGUCGUGAACGCGGCGGGAACAUCGCGCCAGUACGAGCCGCAGCCGGACGCGACAAACGCCGAACGGGUAAGUUAACCGCGAAUAAAUAAAGUUAACCAACGAUAACCGCGAAUAGCGAUAGCAAAAGGGUACCGCGACAGAGCGUACAAGUCCGAGUCCGAGUCCGCCCCUCCCUUAUUUAUCGUCCACCCCCCCGGCACGGCAAUUACGCAACCGACUGUAUCGAUUUUUCGUAACCCAACACGCCUGCCCCGCGGUGCCGGUGUUGCGGCUGUUACCGUCGUGUCGCGUGCCGUUGCGGAUUACCUGGCCGUGUGCGCAUCACCUGCCGCCGUUUAUCCGGUUACCGCGACCGUGACUUUUCUAUUUUUUUUUUUUUUUCUAAUUCGUAUAAUUUUAUUACGAUUCCGACGUUCGGCGCACAAUAAUUUCGGCCCGUAUCAGCUGCCCCUGUGCCCCGUUCCACCCGCACCCCGCUACCCGUCAAAUCGAUCGUCCGAUAAGAGAGUUCCGGUUAUCGCGCGCGCUCUGAAACCUCCAUAACGUCCGUAUACUUCAAGCGUUUUUGAACAGUAAAUACCGUAGCGUGUUCGACGUAGAUACGCGACUUGGCGAUUUUCUUAAUCCGCGUAAAUACGUUAUCCGCCACCAGCGGCGGACCCGGAGGGAGCGAUCGCCCCUCCCCCCACCUGUUCGCUAACCAAUGUGCUCUUAGCUACAUUAUACUUUUAGCUCAAUUCGUCAUUGAGUUCGCCAUAAACGCGCGUCUUAUACGCACUUUCGCCCCCUCCCUCCUGUUAUCUCGUCCUAGACCCGCCCCUGUUAUCCGUUAUCCUUUAGCCUUUUAGUUCAAAACUCACGGUUUACGAUCGGUACAAUAAUUAAAAAAAAAAUCUCGGCUGCAUUAUGCUCGCGGUGCAGAUAAAAAAAAAAAAAAAAAAACAGCUGUUGUUGAAAUUCUCACCCGUAUCCGACUACAUCGAAUAUUAUAUGCAAUAAUAACGGGCGCGUUUUGGUGAUGCAGUUUUGAGCGACUGCGUUCGAUCGCUACGGUUAAACGGACAAACCGUUUUGGCGAUAUCGUUCACCGCGAUUUUCCAAUAACCGAGUGCGCAUCGUUGGCGGAAAUCGGGGUCUAAGGGGCCUUAGCCCGGUAAAAACGCACGAGCAAAGAAAUCGGUCCUCUUCCGAUGACUGUAAUUCCUAAUUUAAGGGGGGGGGCUAUUUCAUUGUUUAUUCGUUUUAAGCAGGGCUCCGACCGCUCGAGCCCCUCCCCCCCCUCCUUCGCCGUCGCAAUAUCCGCCAAUGGCAAUGCACUUGUCGACACCCGGAAUCGCCGGACAAUAAUCGAAAACCGCGUUAACCGUGUUCCGCGAUACCGGACUUUCGGUCGGCGAAAUACCGUAAAGCAAACGAAACCUUUUUUUUCGGCGCCGCAGUUAGUUACAAACCGCUAAAAUACGGAUGUGUUUUUAUCGUACAAAAAAAAAACAAAAAAACAAAACGGUUUUCCUAGUUUGAAACCGGGCGGCCUAACCGGACCCAGCCAGAUGGAGGGGGGUAGGGCGGUGGGGGUCCCGCGAUCCGAUUUCCGAGGCCGACGAUUGUGUACGCGCGACCGUCGCGAUAUUUGUUCAUUUUCGCGCCGCCGGCCGCCGGCCAACAGGUCGGGCGUGUCGCGGCCGAGCCUGUUAAACUGAACGGCAUCGCCGUUGUGACGGUACCACCAACGUUUCGGCCCGGCGACAACGCGACAAUGUCGUUGCUGGUCCCUUUCGGGCGUGUCGCGGACCGCUCGACGACUUUGCCGCCAUUUCGACGGGCGACUGUCGGGUCCCGGAUCGGCCGCGGCUUUUAGACGCCGGACCUGUUCCGGCGCGUUCGUUUUCCGCGCCCGGCGCCGUGCUCAGUCUUACGGGAGAUGGCGCGGGAGGGUUGGAAGCGCUAACGUUGUUAUACACGACCUCAGAACUCUACGCUGUCCGUCUAGCCGUGAAGUGUUUUUGUGCCCGAUGACGCGUUUCCAUAGCGACGUUGAAUUCCGUGUGCGUAGCGAAUACCCACGCGGAUCAAUUUACGGGGGGCGAUCCCCUUCGCUCCCCCCCCUCCAUCUCCCCCAUCAAAUACGCCACUUUCUGUAACGCGCGAAACUCCGUCCGUUUUGCGUUCAAAAUGCACGCGAACGAAAUACGUGUUUUAUUUAAAUCGGCUUUUUUUUUUUUUUCAAAGUUAUGGCCGUAUUUCCAAUGAACUUGAACUACAAGAUUAUUUUGAUUCCGAUUCCAAAUGUUACACAUUGAGAGUUUGAAAACAUAAUUUAUGCGUCCUUGUUAGAAACGCAGAGACGACCAAUUCUCCCGCUAAAUUAAAUAGUACGCACUUCAAUCCGCUGUAAUAUUUUAUAAAACCGCCGAGUAAAAGUUUAUAGCAAAAUAAACUUUUCAUAAACCCGGGUUCGCGUGUUACACAUAUGAACUUGAACUAAGCAAGUUCAUAAAAAAAAAAAAAAAAUGGACUUUACAAGGUCUUGUUACGCGUUUGAAUAUCAAGUCCGGUGAACGAUAUUUAAUAUUAAAAAUACGAAGCAUAUUAAGUGUAGGUAGGUAAAACCAGGUAAAAAAAUGAAAGAAAAACCGGCAGCGAUAAAAGAACGAUUUUUACGGGAGCGGAUAAUGGCUGAGCAACGGAAAAAGCCGAAAACGCACUAUACGCACAUUACGGGGAGGUAUUAAGGGGCGGGUAAUUUAAAGACCUAACGUAACGAUACAUCGUUGCAUUCAAAUGACGGUUCCGAGCGGAACAAUGUUUCAUAGUGUUAGUCGUGAUUUCGCCGCGUGCGGUCCAGGCGACCCGGGGAAAAUCGACAAAACUAAACCGACGUCGGCGUAUUUUGUUUUCACUCCGUACACCGCGGUGUUGAACCCUGGGCCGUUGGCCAACAACCUCCCACGGCGGUGUCUCGUAACGCGAACCGUUCCGGUAGGCUUACGGGGCUGGACACCAAACGAUCGUUCUGUUAUUGUCGGCGUUCGAAUCCGAUAAUCCGGAUUUGAACGGUACGCGGAACGACAACGGACGGAACGAGAAAAAUUCGCCGCGGACACGGCGACGGAAUCCGACCGUUUCCAACGGUUCCGCCGUUAAAAAAAAAAAAAACCGUCUUACGCGUAUAAUUACGAGCGGUUUGACGAGAAACCCGCUCCGAUCCGAUAUAAUUAUUAAAGAGAAGACGAGGGGAUAAUAAUCGAACGUACAGGAAUGGGUGUGACAGCGACGUUCGUUUCGAGAUUCCGAUUAUUAGGUACGUUUUCAAUUAUUAUUAUUAUUAUUACUGUUUCCAUUAUUAUUACCAUUACGGGUGGAUAUUCUUUUCUCGCGGAAACACGUACCGGUACCAUUGCCAUUAUAACGGUUACGUAACCGGUAAUUUGUUUUUCGGAAUUAAAAUAUAAAUUUCGUACACGUUGAAAAGUCCGUUUUCUGUGUUUCGAAUUGUACGGCGUUUACCUGGAACGAAAAUCAAAAAACGAAAAAAUGUAUAAAAAAAAAAAAAAAAUAAAUAAAUAAAUAGCCGAACACACUUUUGCGGGCGGACGUCGUUUUCGGAACGGGUACCAAUAACGUAAUAUAUAAAGCGGUGUUGGUAAUAUGUAUCUUGUUCGUUUAUCUGCUAUACACGGUUCUGUUCUGAACGCUGGAGCAGUCGCGAGUUUUUUUUCGUUGUCAUCAAUAAGGUAACCCAGAAACCUAGAAAAAAAAAAAACAAAAACAAAAACGGACCUAGGUCGUGAACUGUUGAAAAUUUCGAUAAAAUACCGUCGGCCGGAAAUUUUUCGAGUACCGCGCGAAAAAAUCAGAACAUUUUUAGAAAACGGUUUUCCAGAGGUGCGUAAAAAUAUAUUUUUUUUUGGAAAACCUGUCGAGAAUUUCGAAAUAUUUUUCAAAUAAAGUAUCGUCGGACGACCGACCCGCGUCUUUCGAGGUGUACGGCUUUGUUUGUUAACCGUAAAUGUUUGUCUGGACCUAUAUAAAGUAACCUAACCAUACCUAGCCCCGAUUAAUAAUAUUAUUACGACGUGACCGGGCGUAGUAAAUGCCCGCAAACCCAACUAUCAUGUAACAAAGUGAUAUUGAAUCCGACGUAUUAUUUUAUACGCUACUAAAGCUGAUGAUCGCUACAUAACCGUACGAUUUCUAGAGAAUCGAUUGAAACACCGUUCGCAAUGCCACGUGAGCGGCCGGUUUUUUUAUUAUUAUUAUUUUUUUUUUUUUUUUUUUUUUUUUUAGAUGAGUUAGAUAUUACCCGCGUGUAUAAUAACACAAGCGGAGACGGACUACUGUUAUAGCCAACAUACCUGUGACAUCAUCUCCGCGCGAUAAUACAAAAUAAUCAUUGCACACAGUUCUGCGUGAAAUCUCGUCGUACGCAUCCGCGAUGGAAGAACGCCAAUAUUAUAAACGGGAUAUCACCCGGGGUACACGUAGAUAACGGCCCGUGCGAUCUGUGCGGUCAACGAUAUUUUACGUACACGCGAACAUUGGUUAUCGCGUCGAUUUUUGAACGAAACGAGAAAGAAAAAAUCGAGUUUUUGGGCCCGUUACGGUUUGGAGAGAGAAAAAAAAAAACCCCCCAUUAAUUUCACGAUACAAAUAAUUGUCGCGUGACGUAAUAAUAACGAGUGAGUAACGACAACAAUUGGCGAGGACAUUGUCGGCAGUCGCAACGGCGUAGGUAUAAUAUCAUAGCGGUGAACAGAGGACUACUAAUGUGUAUCGGUUCGAAACAACAUCAAUCGUCCGGGAGCGGGCUGAAAAAUCGGAUUUUCGGACAGAAUAACACGGACGUUAAAUCCGUCUAUUAAUAAUGUUUUCCAUUAGAUUAUCGCGACCUUGCGUGUCGAUCAUCGGGGAGAGAGAAAAAAAAAAAACCUUCGAUCCUUGUAUAGUUAAUAAUUAUUGCGACGGUAUUAUUAUUAUUAUUAUUUAUUUAUUUUUUUUUUUUUCCAUAACCCAAAGUCGGUCGAAACCUCCGCUCGAGCUGCGACAACAAUACGGCUGCGCGCAGGUGACAUUGUAUGCCCGUACGGGCAACACGGUGAAUAUUUUUACACCGUACUCGAUAUCGUAAACCCUGCCGGUCUCCGUGCGAAAUAAUAAUUUGUCGAAACAAUAUAGCGCGUGUAGGCCGCAGUUUGGAAAAAAAAACCCCGUAAAUAACAAUGAAAAAUUGCAUUAACAAACGCGCGAUUUCUUUUUAUUGCGACAAUAAUCGUUAUCGAUAAGGUACUUAAUUUAUCCGAGACUGUGCGCGGCCGCAGAGCGCCGCGUGGUGUACUUUUUUCGAAAUUCGUUUUCAAGAAUAUUUGAAAAAUCAGGCCGUUUUAAAAUUUAAUAUUUCCGUUAAUUUUUGUCGUCAUAAUUUUCGGGCAUGAAACGACUACCAACUUUUGAUUUUCAAAUUACAACCCAUUUUAAAAAUUCCAUAAAUAGAUUAAGUAAUAGUUAAAAUAGAUUUUGGCGUUUAAAUUUGUAAUUUUUCGUCAAUCCGUGGACGAGAUAUUCCACUUUAUGUUUUGGUCGGGGGAGAGUAAUGGAGCAUCAUUUGUGUGGCGGCGCAGCGCGCGGAGUUUUAAGAAUGUACCACUACUCUUCCCCGAACCAAACUUAAAAAUGGAAUAUCUCGUCAACAAAUUAACGGAAAUUAAAAAUUUAAACACCAAAUUUUAAUCACUUCUCUAUUUACUUAUGGAAUUUGUAAUAUAGGUUGCUAUUUAAAAAUUAAAAUUAGAUAGUACUUUCACCCCCAAAAAUUAGAGUGACAAAAAAUAAAAUAAAUGUAAAAUUCCAGAGCUGCUUGUUUCUAAAAUUGUCUAAAAAACAAAUGUCGAAAAAAUUCGAUACUUUUCAAGAGAUGAUAAUUGAUGAUCUUGUAUUUAAAGGAUAACGUCCGUAACCGAAGAAUGCAGAAGACGAAGGGAAAACAGAGAGCUAUAUACAAAUAAAAUUUGAAGUAAACAAUUAUAUUUUAGAGAUCAUUGAUAAAAAAAAAAAAAAUAUCUACGGGCUAGAAAUAAAACCAAAACCUACACUAUGUGGACAGUGCUGCAGGGGCAGAGUAGCGAUCAUCAGGAAAUCCGAGAUUAUCACGAAAAGGCUAGUAAAAAAAAAAUAGAAGUCGAACAUUUAGGCGAUGGACUGAAUAAAGACGAUUUUGGCGACGGAUAUAAAGAUGACUAAUGGUGGAUAAGUAUGAGACGGGACAGGCCUAAUAUUAGACAAACGUAAAUAAUAACUCAGAACCGGUUUAUUUUAGAGUGGUUCUCAAAAGUUUUAUAUUCGAGUACCUACCGUCUAAAUAUUUUGCAAAUUUUCACGUACCGCUUGAUAGCAUUUUUUUCACUUAUCAAAAAAACUUAAACGUUAUUAUAUAUAGGUAUUUACUAGUUGUAUACAAUUUAAGAAAAUAUUAUAAAAAUACAAGCAUAAUUCAUUGCACAACAAGUAAAAUAAUAAUUUCAUUUCAUUUUUUUUUUUUUUCUUUAAAACGAUAUUUCCUACUCUUACCACCUAUAUGACCUUUCCCGUUUUUUAUACCACUGAUCUAGAACCGCCGAUCUAUAUAAUAUAUAAUAUAAUCUAGUGACAUCAUCGUAAGAAAAUUCUCAUGAAGCUAAUUAGCAUUUCCUUAUUAUGGUCUAUGGAGUGCCUAUAAAUAGUAGUAUUAGGUAAAUAUAGUAUUUUUUUUUUCUUGACAAAUUACGCGUAUCCAUUUUAGCGGUACACUCGAAAUUUUCAAAAGUAUAGACUUUUUUCGAGCAUUUUUAUUUUUAUAAUAAUCCAAGAAACACGCAGCUCUAAAAAGCUACGUUAAUAUUAUUUGUUGAGGUUGAAACUACUACGCACUUUUGGUUUUUAAAUGACAACCUAUAUUAAACACUGAUAGUGCACCACUACUCUUCCCUUACUCAAACUUAAAAGUAGAAAAUCUCGUCAACGGUUCGGCGGAAAUCGAAAAUUUCAACGCUGGCACGUAUCUGAACUAAUACCCCGUCUAUUUAUUUUAUUGUUUAACGUGUAUUUCCAUUUGGAAAUCAAAAUUAGGCAUUCUUUUCAUCCGCAAAAAUAUCGGUGACAGAAAUUAAUAUGCGUUUUAGAGCUGCUGUUGUUUCUUAAAAUGUUCAAAACAAAAUUCUGUUACAAAAAAGUCAACACUUUUUCCGUAAAUCGAUCACACUGUAUGCGUAGGGACGCCAUCGUUAGAAUACGCUCUCGUAAAACGAAUUCGCGUUUCCUUAUUGCCGAGUGCCCGCGAUAGGUAAUGAAUUUUUUUUUUUUUUUUUUUUUUAAACCCAGACGGCAUACUCGUAUAUCACGCCUAUAUAAUAAUGUUACAUGCGUAGCGGCCGUCCUUCGCACGUGUGAAAUGUGUCGCGUAAAAUUUGGGUUAACGAACGUGUGCGCGUCUAUAGGUUGUACACGAUAAUAUUAUAUUGUAUUCGUUCUUAUCGCGUUCUCGUCGGGUGUAAUUAAAAGUAUCCGGCUUAAACGGUUACCGUAAUGUUUUAUGGCCGCGGCUAUUGUCGUGCAUUACGUGACGUAACUGGCCCGCGUAGCGGUUCGAUUAUUACGAUACGUAGGCAGUUAACGUUUACGACGCGACCAUAGGUAGUUGCUGGGUAGCUGGGAACGCGUGACAGAGGUACCCUGCACCGCCCGCGCUUACUUACUUACUUACUUACAUACUUACUUACCCACACGCUUGUCGGAUUAACGGCCGAGGCGUGACGAAGCCUAAAGUUCCCGUAAAGCCGCUGUGAAAAUUCCGCGCACCACGGGUCCGCGGGAUCGGGAUUAGUGUUUUUUUUUUUUUUUUAUUUCAGAUUACGAGUACAAUAAUUUUACAAAAUAUUUCAACACCCUGUCUCGGAAAACGCCUUUUACGGUUAGAUCCGAGUUUUACCGCGCAGUAACAGGCCUACCUCAUCACGACGAGAUGUCGGAUUUGAAACAUUCGUCGACGUCCUAAGCAGUUCGCUUCCAAUGUAUUUUUUGUUGUUUUAUUUCCGUCGAUUACCGGGCUGCAUCGGAAACAAUUGGAAUAAUACACGAUUUAUGUACUACUUUUGCUCGGAAUCGUUUUAUUCGAUCGCAUUUAUCGUUGUUUACAGUUUAUAUUCUGAAUUGCCCUGUACGCCCAGCAACUUAAAACUCGUGGGUGUGGUAUCGACUUUUUUUCUAACCUAUAGAUAAAAAUAAAGACGAUGUCACUAAAAUUCAUCUAGACGAGAUAACUACAAUUUAAAUAACCGAAUAUGAAUUUUAGUUUAUUCGGGUAUGAAAAAUAGACGAUAAUAACAACAUUGUAUACAUUUCAAAACAAUAAAUCUUUACUUUUUUGUUUUUACAACAUAAAUACCUAAGUGAAAAUUAAUUAAAAUAAUAAUUUUCGUCAUGAAAAAAUAUUCGAAUGCUUUUGUUAUAGUAACGUUUUGCUUUUUUUACACUAGGGCCUUCGCGUGCACUAACUAUUGUUAUUCCUUAUCGUAAAAAUUAACGUUGAAAGAAACUAAAAAUACAGACAAAACGUGGAAAGUAUACCUAAACACGUUGUUCAAAUUAAUUACUCGUUAAGACCGAAGUUUAUUUUUUUCUCGACGUUGAAAAUAUUUCCUACGUUACCGCGAUAGUGCACCAAGACAUAACGGGUUAAUGGUAUUUUAAACUAUGUAUAAUUAUGUAUACUACAGUACAAUUUAGCAUAUAUUUCGCGAGUGAAAUAAUUGAAUAAAACAAAUGUUUGUACUUUGUACAGCAAAAAUAUACACAUGUCUUCGAAAAUCGUAUGAAUUUACAUGUUUCUACAUAAGACGACGUUAAUUGGCAUUCGACAUAAUGUUUCGAAAAAUAACCUUUAUUUUCGACUUUUUCUUCUUCUUCGUUAGCUUUUAACAGCACAUCAGCACGAUUGCCGUCUCUAUUUAUAUGUUUUAUUAUUUCCAAACGGUAUUUACCCCUUAUUUUCUUCGGGUCAAUUUCAAUUCCGACCAACCUCUUUUUUACCAGUCGGUCUUCACAUUAUGUAACCGCUCCGAUUUCGUAUUAUUAUUACAUAAUUAUUUUUUAUCUAGGUAAAUGUUUUAUUUAUUGUCUCUCGUCUCAAUCUAUAGAUAUGUUUAAAGUUAUCUUUAUACAACCGUCCGUUUCUAGACAGGGUAUUGAUUGAUUUCCAUGGCAGUUUCCAUGAUACCGUCGGGAAAAACCGGAAAAAGACGAAAAAUGAAAACUGGAAAUUUAUGACGUUUGAAUUCCUUUAUUUUACAUUUUUUUCGGCUCAUGUUUUUACCAGCAAUAUUGCUCUAAUAGAAAAACAACAAGAAAUCUUUUUUGUUGGAUUUUUACUCCAGUCAGUGAAUAAUAAAAUUUGUUUUUGAUUUUCCGAUUUGUUAUUUUUUUAAUAAUUGAGAAAAACCGAAAAAAGAAAAUUUACGAUAAUAAUGAUUUUAAUUAUUUCCAAUUUUGUUUGUUUGGGGCAAUUCAGUAAAAAAUAUUAUUAGACUUGAAAUUUGUACAGAUAACUUAUAUUUCCUAUUUAUAGACGUGGUAAAUUUCUAAAAACAAUUGAGCUUGAAAAUUUAACGGAGGGUUUACUAUUAAUCGUAUUUAGUGGUAAAAAAAAAAAAAAUAGCGUAAUUCAGUAGUAUUUUUUUUUAAAACAAUUUAGGAAUAAAAUUUUUCGACGAAAAUCGUAAAUCUUACGGUCUUUCAGAACAUUCGGGUGUAGCCGAACUUCGCUCCGAAUCGUUUUCCGUCAACAGUGAUUUAUCGUUGCUUACAGAUGUGAUUAAAUAUCGUUGUAUACCCUAUAUUUCUAACUUCCCACCCGCAACCGGGGAUACACCCGUCUCCAGUAGCAGCUCAUUUUUUAUACAUACAUCGUUCGCAAAUCGCGCGUUAAUUAACCGUUCAAAAUGUUGCCGUAUCGAACGUUUUCAACAUGUUAUUACGGAAACUAUACCUGAACUAUAUACACAUACACAUGUAUAUAUGGUAUUAUUAUGGCGACGAUAAGAACCGUCUCGAAAUGUGGGUUGAGAGAAGGAACGAUAGCGAUACUAAUAAUAAUAUGCCGUUUACACUUUCUCGAACGUCGUCGCGUAAAAACGUUUCGGGCCGGAAUCCUCUCUAGUGUCGGGACGAAAGGAAAAAAAAAACGCGCGCGAAAUAUCAUUUAUUAUAAUAUUUUACACCGUACGAGACGGACUUUGAUGGAAAAAAAAACGCACACGUUAUUACUACGCGACGCCGACGACGGAUGACGGAAAUCGCGACAGUCCGGUACUCGUAUUCAGUAAUAACGAUAAUUUCCGAUUGUGGCGUCGUGCGGUGCGAACGGAAUACGUAUAUUAUGAAUUUAAAAAUAAAUAAAUAUAUAUAUAUAUUAUAUCCAAUGUAUACAAUUACUCGUGUAUACGUAUAAAUUAUUUAGAAAAAAAAAAAAACACAAAAGAAAUAGGUCGGCCACGCAGCGCCAAAUGACGAAACGGAAUAUAAAUAAUCACGAUCUAGUAUAGUAUAAUUAGGUGCACUGGGUCAUGUUUUGCACGAAACGAGAAUGUAAACAUCGAUUUUCGUACGCCGCAGUAAAUGUAUUCUGUUUAAUCAAAAUAUUUUGUUUGGAUGCGCGCGAGCGAAAAACACUAAGUGUAAACAGGCCGAUUUUGUUUGUAAUUUGUUCACCGUGUCGAAAAUGUACCCAUUGUACAAUGUACUUGUCUACUUCUUCUUCUUCUUCUUCUUUUUCCUCUUCGCGAGUUUCUGUGGUAACUUUACACGAAGUCGCGUAGCUAUUCGAAUCCGUCACGUCGAAACGGAAUGUUGUCGCUAAAAUGUGCGUAUGAUAAAACGCACGGCGAUGGAAUAAGGGGGCGACAUUUUGAAAAUCGCAAACCAGAUCGUUCAGGCACAACGACGACGGAAUGAAUAAAAACCGAAAUAGGUUUUACUCGAAAUCUCCGUACGGACUGAAUGGGUGGAACGCAAUAAAUAAAUAAACAAAAAAAAAAAAAAAUUACCCUGUAUAGAUGCAGGAGUGUUAUUAGUGUCAACAUUGUAGACAAUGUGCUAAGAAAAGAUAAAAAAAUCCCGAAACAAUAUUCGUCGAACGUGAAUGUGGUGUGAGCGUGUGUGCGUGUUUUUUUUUACACACACACAUAAUAAUAUUAUUUUACUAAAACAAUAACGUGAAUAAUGUGAGCGCUCGCCGCGCGAUAUUAUGUCACGCGUGCGCGUAUAUAGGUAUACGAGUUUCGUAAAAAAAAAAAAAAAAUUUCGACCGAACAAAGUUCUCGGGGGAUAAAAAGAACGCGACGAGACAACAACAAUUCAAUAUUUCAAUGAAUAGAUAAAUAGUGAAAACAUAUAAUUACCUUAAUGUAUAAUACGUAUAACAUACACAGCGCAGUGUCCUCGUCCGCGCUUGGGAAUUAAUUGCGCAAAAUAUUCCGGCGGCGCGGUCCGCGACGACGUGGUCGUGCGAAAAGACACGACGGCUGCGGCCGUCAUACUCGGGUACAAUACGGGGAGAGAAAAUAGGUGAUUUUUUUUUUUUUUUUUUCAAAAUCCGUUCUCAGACGGAAAAAAUAAAUUUACAAUUUUUCGCACCGUGACAAAACCGAAUCCCGCAUGUACAGGUAUCGCCUAUGUAUUCUAAAAAAAACACAUAAACAUAUGAAAAAAAGAAAAAAAAAACAACAACAACAAUACAACUGUAACGAGACUUGAUAGCAUUAGAAAUCAUAUUGUUCUAUUAUCACUCCAUUAAGCGUACAACGGGUUAAAACGGUUCUUUAUACGUUUUUAUGUACACAAACCUGAAAUAGUACGAGUAUUUUCUGUUAUCAUAAGUACAAUAUUAUAAUGUCACCGCAAACAAAACAACCGUUUUAACAUUUCCUUAUCAAUUUACACAUCGUCUGUCUACCUUUGAUAAUAUUUGACAGGUGUAUUGUAUGCAAAUGAGCAAAAUUAAUUUAAUUUUCAUGCGCGUGUAGUCUUGUAUUUCGAUAAAUAUCCAUCGAACCUUGCAAAUAAUCAUACACUCGAUCGUUCGUCACCGAUUUUUUUCAUUUUGAACCCCGUACACAGUCUUAAAAUGGCACACACACAUAAAAUACAAAUAGAAUUUGUAUUUUUAAAUGAUUUCUAAAUCACUUCCUCAUGUACUAAUAAAAUUCUACAAGAAAGGUUUUAUACAAUUUUUGAUUUAAGUAAGAUUUACGGUAGAAAAGAUGUAUACAGACACAAAAAUAAAAAAAAAAAUUUAAAAAAACACAUCAUAGUAAAACCAAUAGAAUCGUUACAUCGCUCAGAAUCUAAAAUAAAAAAAGAAAUGUUAAAUAAUUCACUUUAGCGGUAUUAUCAAAAUAAUUUUAGUUAUACCUAAAUUAGGUAUCAUUGCGGAAAACGACGAAUUAUUAAUUUGAUCAAUUACUGCAUUGUAAUCGUUUCGAUCAAUUAAUUAUAUUGCUUUUAAACCUCCGGGCUCCCACGGAAACGACAUUCAAUUUUAAAAAUGGCAAAAAAAUAAAUAUCAUGCGUUCAGACUUCUGCAACAGAUCGGGUCAGCGCAAAUCGUAUUAUAACCGUGGCGAUGACUGCAGGUUUUUUUUUAAUUUUUUUUUUUUCGUUUUUCUCCCCGUGUAUAAUGUUUUGCCCCCUCCCCUACUCCGCGGCGAAAAUCGGCGCUUUAAUUCGGUCGAUUCGAUAACAUUAUUAUACCUGUACGUGCGUAAAAAAUAUAAUAUAAUAUUUCAUGUUUUAUAUGCUGUCGGUCUAUUUCAGCGUUUUGGCGUCGCAAACGACCGUUGCGAAUUUCACGUCCCGUCGUCGACGUCGUUCCGAAUCUUCCCGCCGCGUCCUCGUAAUAAUACAGGGUGAUUAUAUAUUUCACCGCGAACCGGCGAUUAUCCAUUAUACGUAGAGCCGUACGCGAAGAUAUCGAGUACAUUCAAUUUCGCUAGAGGUUUUUUUUUAUCUCUUAUGAAAAUCGUUAUACUAUAUAGAGAACCCCUUACGUGUGUACACAAAUAUCGGAAUUAAGUCUGUAUGCAAAGCCGUUUGUCCGCUGUACAACAAACCCCAAAUUGUGUUCUGAUCCUAAAGAAAACAUGCAAAUUCGACGGCUAAAACGAUAAGAAGAAAAUCGUUAUCUAUGCGUCGAAAUUCAAAGCUCAAAAUGUCGCUGAUACGGGGUUUUUAGUGUUUUUAGAACGAAAGUCGAGUUUUUUUUUUCAUCAUUAUUUAUAGGUGAUACGGAUAAAAAAAAAAAAAAAAACAGUUAUUAAUAUUUUAUUUGCUCGUCACAUACCAAGAAAUAUUAUAGUAGGUACAAUUUUUAAAAGAUUAAUUACCGGGCAACAGCGUUUAACUGUGAUUGUGAUACGAGUGGAAACGGGGAACGGGGACACACGUUAAAUCGAAUUCGAGUUAUUGGUUUUUGUUUUUGACGUAAUUACGACUGGAAAAUACCGAGUAAUUCAUCGCUAGUCGUUUAUGAAAAGAAAUUUACGAUAUCGGUGUCGCAAACAGUAUAAAUAGCUGUUGAUUUUCGAAAACUUUUAAAAAUAUUAUAAAAAUGCAAGAUCAUUGAACGGUUAUAGGCUUCCAUAGGUAAAUCCUAUAUUAUACUGUAAUAAAAAAUGGUCAACUCAGCUUGUCGCUAUUGCUACUUGUGUAUUUGGACGCAAUUUCGUAAAUCCAAUAAUGUGUUACGCCAAUAAUAUUAUACUGUUAUCGAGGAUUGAUUACACUGUAAUAUAAGCUCUGUGCGUAUAAUCUAGGGGAUCGUUUCACCACAUUUUCAGUGUAAUAAGUCACAUCAAGAUCCCCUUAUUAUGAAAACUUAUUUUAGCUCUUAUCUGUUUAAUCUUGCCUAAUAGCACAGAUAUUGAAAACAUUGAUUCCAUUCGCCGCUUAUUAUCAAUGCGAAAAAGGUUUCUAUUCCAUCAUGGUGGCAUUAAAAACUAAACACAGAGAUUCGUUUGUCAUCGUUGGAAAAUAAUUUACUUUUAUGCUCUUCCAAACACAAACCAAGAAUAAACAAACUUUUGAAUAUAAAUAAUUCGCAAAUAUCGCAUUAAUUCGUACUUUAUAGCAAUAGCUUUAUGCUUUUUCGUUUUUCUAAUUGUGUAUUAUUUUUUCAUUUUUAACGUUAAUAAAAGAUUGUUUUUCUACGUCGGCGUUUAAUUAUUAUUUCUGACCGGUGCCACCCCCAUUAUUGAGAAACGCCGACCUAGGGUGUACGCAGUGUCUGAAAACGAUUAAAAUUUAGGUACUCGAAAACCGUCGCGGAUAUUAUAAACUACAAUCGCCGGUUCGCGAUAAAAAAAUAAAAAAAUAAUGAUCUCCCUGUAUAUUCACACCGCCGCGGAAAAACGGUCUAACGUAUUAUUAUAGUCUGUCGUAGUGUCGUCUCGAGGUCACCAAGAACGCGUACAAUAAUAAUAAAAAUAAUAUCAUGUCCUCCUCCAGACACUGCGAAAAUUACGUACGUUUUUUUUUUUCUCUCAUUAUUAUUCCGGACUGUGGACUCGGGAAAUCGAGUUUUAUUAUAGGCGUUAAAAACACGCGCAUUAUUGUUGUACAAACAACAUAAAACGUAUAAUAAUAAUAAUAAUAAUAAUAAUGCACUAAUAAUACGCGUGGGCAUACUGCGCUCAUAAUACGUAAAUACCGUGAUGACUAUGACCGCGCGGGCGUGAAAAAAAUAACUAAACGGAAAACAACGGAGAUUUUCACGACGUGAUGGUGUUUUUGACCUUUGAUGCCUACACGUAUCUCAUAAACGGUAUCACGACGCCCGCGAACUAUCCGGCGACGUAUCCAGACGAGGGAUAAUCGUAAAACUACUGAGACUCAUUCGUUAACCGGGUAUUGAAGAGCAGCAGGAUUUGUGUCACUGUGGCUUCUAUAUGACAUCUUCUGAGUUGUUUUUUUUUUUAUAAAUUCUCUAAAAGAAUUCAGUAAAAUUAGGUGAAAAUAUUGUUAGGUAGGUAAUGAGGAGAUUAUAGAUUGCUCCUGGAUUAUGUUAGGUUCGGUACGCCACUGUCCGUUUAUUUAUCGUUGAGAUUACGGUCCGGUUCGUAUUAUCGGUCACCGUCGUCACGGUUUCCCUUGUGCGUGCAACCCCGUGCACGUUUAUUUUGUUCCUAAAUUAGAUAGGUAUCUCGUAAGUCGUGGUAUCAACCAAAUACAAUAUGUAAUUAAGUGUAGGCGCUUGUUGCGUAUUGGACGUCGUUCGAUGUCCACGUGUACGACGUAUUUAAUUCACUCCGUCCACUUGAGUUUUUCCAGAGCACUCUCUUACGACAAUAUCCUAAGAUAAUUUCAAAAGCAAUUUCAAUGCGCCUUUGCUAUAUUUACACAGAUUUAGGACUGUCUACUGUCAACAAACGUACAUGUGUACUGUCAUAUAUAAUAUCAUGUUUCCUUGGUUCCUUAAUUCCUCGAUUAAACCAUUAUUUAUUUAACGCCUUUGUUGACUACAUAAUAUUUAUAUUUAUAUUCGUACAUUAUAUCCGUAUAUAUGGUAAACAUAAUGAUUGAAAACAUUACAAUGAACCGUAAAUCAAAUUAUGUAUAACUAUGCAUUUAGCUUUUUUUUUUAAAAAAAGCCUUAAACGAUAUAAGGGGAACCGAAUCGGAUGCAGUUAACUACAUGCACCCCGUUUAAAAAUAACCAAUUCUCUAGCUAUCUCUCUCCGUCUCCAAAAUCGUCCGAUUCGGUCCACAUCCGAAAGUUUUUAAGUCCUUUUAGAUUCCGAUUGAAGCGACAAUCUAGGUAUGUAAUGGUUUUAGUGUUUAGUACAGUGUGUUUUCGUUUUCAUUGAGUAUUUGUAAACAACUUUUUUACCACAAAUCUUGCUCCAAACGAAAACUUUUACAGGCAUUUUCUUUGCAUAGCGUUUUCGAUUUAGCUGGGGCAUUAUAAGGUGAUUUGUAUUAUUGUUGAUUUUCCUUGUACAGUUUUCCUUAUAAAUGGCGAAAUUGUUGGAUUUUUUGGGAUCAAUCGCGAGUACGCGUAACAUUGCAAAAUCACGCCACUAUCACGUGUUACGGAACGUUCGACACGUAGACGGCGACAUUUUUUUUCGGAUUUCUCUCGCGCAUAAUAAUAUUCUAAUCUUCCGGUUUUUACUUUCUUGGCGGACAAGCCGUUUGACUAGUCGCGUUCGCAAACAUUAUAAUAAUAAUAAUAAUAAUACGACGCAGUCUCGUAUGUUUUUUUAUUCGUUUCCGAGUGCGUUUUAUCGUAUCUUCUUCCGACCGUUUAUAAUAAUAUAUUGUUAUUAUAAGUACCGUAUUUUUUUUUAUUUUUUUUUUUUAUAGAUUUUCGAUUUUUUUUUCUUUUUUGGAACGUUGACAAAACGCGCGAUGAAGACGACCGGGGAGUCAGGUUUCGUCGUGGAGGAACGUAAAUCGCGUGGGGUGAAAAAAAAAUACGUCCGUAUAGAUAGCCGAUACCUAUAACCUACAACAUGCAUACAAUAUACUGUAGUCUGUUUUCAAACGAUUUGUAUUAUUUUGCGAUUUAUACGACGGCUUCAACGGCCGCGACGACGUCGACUUGCGGCGUAAGACUCGUGUGAACCGACCGCCACUAAUAUUUUACGCGCGUGCAUCUGGUUUAGCCACCUCCGGGACUUUCCAUUAUUGUGCGUAAUUUUUAUAAUUUUUUUUUUUUUUUUUUUAUUAUUCGGCCGGAAAACAACACAAAAUGUACUGUUAUAGGACAUGAGCGUACUAUCGUAUUAUUAUCGCUAUUGCCAUUACGAUAUUAUAAUAUAUUUCUUUAGCCGCGGAGAACGGCCGUCACCGGUUACCGCUGCUGCAGUUGCCGCUGCAGCUGGUCUCCGGACCGGUUCCCGACCGAUAUAGAAAACAAUAUUAUAUUAUAACUAGUAUUAGAUAAAGUAGUAGCUAUAGUACGGGUAGUAGUUUAUAGAAUACUAUCGUGUAUUACACGCAAACAGUAAUGCGGGUUAUUUUUGUUUUCGCGUUCACCGCGGUGUUCGGCCGCGUUUUCGAAAAAUGUCUGUCUACUAUGACGAUGACGAUUUGCCCGUGAAAAAUAAUACAUAAUAAUGUUUCGUAAUAAUAUAUCGGUGGAAAACUGUGUGACGACGACGACGACGGUCGAAUUUACGUGACGGCACGCAUUUCGCGAGUCAAACGGUUUAAGUUUUAUUGUGGAAAGAAAAAAAAUAAUACACCGGUACCCGCAACAGCUACGUCGAUAAAAAUAUUCCGCGGUAGAUAAUAAUAUUUUAAUGUGGCCAGAACACGUGAACUGCGCGUCUUUUAAAUUAUUACUUGCUAGCCGACGUUAUACUGCUGUAUUAGGUAUUAGGUCGUAGGUACGUUCGCGUUUAUAUACGUUUUAAAGCGAACAAUCCCCGAGUCAAUAGCACGCGCAGGAUAUUUUUAUUUUUUAUUCGCAAAGGGGGAAGAUUGUGCUUAUAAUGCUCGCCUAGAGAGCAGAUAGCACAUAUUAUCGGUGUAAUAUUAUCAUUAUUACUACCGAAUAAAUGAUUUUCGAUACAAUUAAAUGUGAUUAUUUCGUUCUGAGAUACAAGAUAUUAUGCUGCUGCGUGUAAAACUUGAUUUGAAAAAAAAUUAGUAAAGGAAAACAUUUCGGGGAGGGCGGGUGGUCAGAUUCCCUAUCCUCCCCUUUGUAUGCGCCACUGAAUUCCUAGUGGAAGCUAUAAUGUUAUUUGCCACAAUGACACAGACGUAAUGAUUAAAGGCAUAAUAUUCCUUAUUAAAUUAUAAACGGAUUGAAAAAUGUAAAGUCUGCGAGUUAAUAAGCGAAGAAAACAUAGAAGAUAUUUAUUUUACUAAUAGCAGCGAAAAUUUCACAAAAAAGAAAAAUAAAAUAACAUUUAUUUUACUCCAGUUCGUAAAAGUUAAUACAAUUUUCAAAUUAACGUAACUAUGAAAUUACAUAGGUUGUCAAUUAAUAAAACAAUAUUAGCUUUUGACGCGUUUGAUCGUUCAUUUGUUUUCAAUCGACUUAAUUUAUCAUAACUAUUGCCAAACACUACGGUAUAUUUGAAAAAUUAGAAACGACGGCCUGAACAGCAAAAAAAUGUAAAAUAUAAUAUUGUAAAUUUAAUAAUAUAUAUUUAUACAUAGCAAAUGUCGUCGAAUCGAAAGGAAAUCGAAUCGUAGAAAAGAAAACAAAGUCGUUAAAACGAAUUUUGUCCCGCUACGCAUUAAUACAAGUUGGUAUAUAACUACGAUGUUAUCAACUACGAUCGAUAAAAACGAUACACGGCCCGUGUCGGUCUCACUCGGUCCGAAACGGGCAUUCGGUCUUCAAACAGAAAGUAUUGCAACAACGUAAUAAAAAAAAAAAAAUAAAUAGACGAGAGCCCACAGUCAUUUAAAGAGAAAAAUAGAAAUAAACGAAAAAAUAAUACGAGAGCCUGAAAAUACGGCGGAACGGAAAAAAAAAGCAAUAACAACUGCGACUAUACAACCUUGGCAUUGAUAAUGACCGAUAAUGAGUGUAAUUGUAAUAGUAAUAUUAUUAUAAUCGUAGAUAAUUGCCCCGAAAACACACUAUAUAAUAUUAUGUACAGCUGCAACGUCGGAACAAUAUACCCGAUAUUAUUUUCUGUUAAAUUUCCCCCUCCCCUCCCCCGAAAAAAAAAACAGAUUUUUUUUUUAUUUCUAUUGUAUACGCUAUACGACUCGUGUAAACGUCGCGACGAGGCAAUUGUAUGAUAUUUUUUAUUCGUAGGCGAACGGAGUUCAAAAAAACGUAGGUGUUCGCUAAACGGCUAAAUCUAAAUUCGCCGAUCUAAACUCGUUCGGCGCAACGAGUCGGUAAUUUUAUACCUAUUUGCUCCACAAUUAAUACCUAUAAUUAUAUUUAUGCAGUCACAGGAUCUGUGACUUACGCAAAACUUCGAAUUACUGAAUGUUCGAAUUAUCGUGUGGUUCGAGAUAUCGAGAACAGUGACGGAUCCUGCACGGAUGGGCGGUGGGGUGUGAUUAAUAAUGAGCUGUGAAAUAUGUGUGCAUACAAUGUUGAAAGGUUCAUGAAAAUAUUUAAUUGAAAUUCGAAUUGUUAUUAUUUUUAAAAAUCUGUAAUUUUGCUGCAUUGAACUUAGUUUAACUGUAUUAAUACUAUUUUCGAGAGAAAAUAAUGUUUCACAAACCUCAAAACCGACUUUUGACUGAAACGAAAAGUUGCGUAAUUUAUCCACUUGUUUUUUUUUUUAUAGUUACAACAGGUAGAAAGGGUCUGUGUGGUCUUCAGUGUCUUGGUCGUCAAUAUAAGAAAUUCGUAUAGUAAAUAAUAGUAGCAAACUAGACAUCAUGGGGUUUCUCAACAUUUGCGAGUGAAACGUAUAUUAUAUACAAAAUUAUUGUCCUAUACCUAUUGUCUAGUAAUUAUCUGAUAUGUGGUAAAAAAUUCUCUUGAAUUAAGAAAAGUAUUUAUAUAAAGAUAUUUAAAAUUUAAAUUUAAAUACAUUCAAGAUAGCAUUUAAAAUACUUUCCAAAUAAUUAAUUCGAAAAUUAUUCUAAAUACUAUAAAAGUAUUCAAAUAGGUUUCCUUAAAUACUUUAGAAGACAUAAGAAUGUACAUUCAAACUAUCAAGAGUCUAGUAGACGAAACUUCAAUAUUUUAAGUGUUGGUGGCUGAUCUGUCCCAAAUUUUACUCCAAAUUACCGAAAGUCCCUAAUUAUUGAAAGUCUGAAUUAUAUCGAGAGUAGACUGUAAUCGUUUUCAAAUAAAGAAAAAGUGAUAAUGCUCAUAUUAUGUAGCCUACUGUUUUAUAUGGGUGCUUGAGAAGGUAAUAUGUAUAGAGUACCUAUAGUGUAAUUUAGUUUGUUUACUCUGUGUACAACGACAAAUCAUCACAAACAAAGAACCAUUCUAAGUGACAUAGUUUAUUGGUCGUGUUUUUAGAUCCUGAGGAUAGGAAAGUAUUUGUUUUAAUAUUCUGUGUUUUUUUUUUUUUUUUGUUCGUCAGAACCUUUAUAGGAACUAUCUGUAGAAUUUUUGAUUUUUCUUGUAUUUUUUUUAAUAUGGAAAAAAUUACCGAUUUUUAAUGUAAUUUUGAUUGAUUUUUUUCGGGUUACUUUGGCAACAACAACUAAUAAGACUCUGCUGAGAAUCGUUUUUCAUCAGCAAUGCGUUAUCGUUGCGUACAGAUUUAAAUUAAAUUAAAUUAAUCCACAUCAUAUUCUUCUUUCAACAAAACUUCCCUCCUAAAACACUGGAACAACCAUCGACAAUGGCAUUUUAUUAUUAUUUUUUUUUUUUUGUUAUUAUCGUCCAAACUAUCUUACCUAUCUGUAUUGUUGUUUAUUUAUUACCACUUAUUAUUGUGUUUUUUUUACGACGGGUGCUUGGUGAUCUCUCAUAUAAUGGAAAACGAAAUAACAAACCCGCGCGCGAAAUGGACUAGGAAAAUAAAUUACAAACGUGUUAUAAUAAGAAAAUAUAGACACACACACACACAUAUACACACACUAUAUUGUUAUAGGUAGUAGUAAUAUAACAUAUAGUAAUAAUAACAUUUAAUAUCGUUAUAGGAUAGCGUAUCGAGUCCGUUUUGACAAUUGAGUGCAGUGUGUCAGUUGUGUGUUCGGUCGUGUAUAUUUGUGCUAUAGUAUUUUUGUUGUCGCAAGAACCGUGGUUCGCGACGACGAAAUCGGCCGAAAAAACCGCCGACAAAAACGUUGUGGUGACAAUAAAACACCGCGUUAAUAUAAUAAUAUAUAUUAUUAAAAAACCUCGUUGUUAUAAUAUUAUUAUUACGGGUUUUUGUCCCACCACUCCCCUUUUUUUUAUGAUACCCGAGUCUACAGGGUGAUUCUUUUAUCACGAACCAGCAGUAUUCUCGGAGGUUUUCAGGUAUAUUUGAUAUCUGUUUUAUAACUGUUUAACAAUUGCAAAUCGUUUAAGUUUAAUUUUAACACAAUUUUAGAUUCUGAGUUUAACAAAGAAUGCAUUGGUUUCACAAAGAUGUUUAUAUUUUUUUUUAUGUGGACACUUUUUUCACCACAAAGCUUACUCUGAUAUUUACGUAUAGCACUUUUUCUGUUCUCUGGGUGGUACUUUAGAGAGGUAAUUUUUCUGAAAUUCUCAUUUAUAUUCUAAAUAAUAAGGAAAACCUGGAUCUUAAGCUUAACAAAAAAUUGAAAGAUUUAAAAAUAAGGUUGUCAUUGGCAACUGUUUUUAUUUAUUUUUUGUUAUUAUCAAGUUUUUUACUAUUUCAAUAUUUAUUAAACAAUUAUUGUUGUAAUCAUUUUACUAUAAUAUGACAUAGGUGUAUAUUGUUGACAAAGCAACAUUAUUAACUGAACUCGAUUCAGAAUCGUUUUUUCGUUAGCAGGUUUAUCAUUGCUUACAGAUAUACAUUAAAUUUCUUUCUGUAUCCUACCUUCCCAAUUUUUCACCUAUAUCAGUGACUGCACCCACGUGCGAAGUAUGUCCGUCCUUUUUUACUUUUACUCCUCAUACCCGCAAAAAGUAUUUACUUUGGAAUUUUAAACAGUAAAGGAAGCUCUUACAUAUAGAAUUCACCACAGACACGAAUAGACAAUAUUUUUUUAGAAAUUAUAAUAUGCAUAACACUUAUAUCGGAUUUACCGGUUUUUUUUUUAUUGUUUUUGACAGUUUAAAUUCUAAACUGGAACAGUGGAAAAAAGCUUAUAAGUAAUGUUAUGCAUAUUAAAAUUUCCAGACAAACAUUUUCUAAUCGAAUCUGCGAUCGCUAUUUAAAAAUCCUAAAUGGAUACUCAUUUCAAGUACGAGGAGUAGAGGUUAAACAUAUCGCGAAUAGCGUUGAAAUAAAAUCCAAACGAUUCCGGAGUGAUAAAAAAAAAAACAACAACUAAUAAUAAUAAUCGAAUUCGCAUAAAAUAAUCCGGGAAAAAUGCCGGUUCGUGAUGACGAAAGAACCGUCCUGUAUAUUGCGCUAUGCGCUUAAACGGUUUCCUAAUACGGCCGAAAUAGUUCUAAUGUCAUACUUGCCUAUAUGUUAUUGCGCUUGGUGCGCCCACGCCGUCGUAAUAACCGUCCAAGCGCAAGGUUAAACGACGGUUUUAGCCGGUUUUUUUUUUUAUUUUUAUUUUUAUUUGUUUUAGCGCCCGUACGUAUAAAUAGGUACGCUCGCGCGUAAUGUCGAAACACGGCCGUUAACGAUACGGCGACGAUUUCUGCGACGGUUGCGCAAUGCGGCCCGUAACGUUAUACUCCGUAUACCCAUUAUACCUACUGAAACGGAAUAACGAUCUUCGCCCUAUUUAUGUACACAAUACGAUGCGCAGUAAUUAUAAUAUCAUAACGUUUAUAUAUACGAGUAUAUGUGUGUGUGUGUGUGUGUGUGUGUGUGUGUGUGUGUGUGUGUGUAUACUCUUGCGUAAUACCAUUAAUAAAUCAAAUUUUACAUAACACUUUAUAAAAUAGACGUCGACGUUAGCGGUGACAAAUUAAAUUCGCGCGGACGUAACAUGAUAUAAUGUAAGCUUCCCCCUCCCCCCCUCGUCAUCAUACCUUCCCGCCGCCGUAAAAACGAGUCUCGCGCCACAGCUUCCCCUCUACCGGGGCGAUUUAUCUGCGAAUAUUCCAUCGCGUUUUUACCCUCGCCUCGCUCCAAAUAAAAUCCCCCGACCGGUGAACAUACAUCUUACUUUUUUUUGUUUUUUUAAUGUUUUUUACGAAAAUCUAAAAAUGUUCCGGCGGUAUGUACACAAUAAAUACAACUUUACUCGAAUGGUUGUCCAGUGGACUUUGCUAAGUGUCCAUUUGGGUACAGCAAAUCUACUUGAAAAUAUUGAUCUUGUGUUGUUGUUUAGUUGGCGAAAACGAGUUGAAAACGCGAAAACGUUCAAAAUAAAAAAAAAAACAAUAUUGUAAAACGGAUACAUUCAAACAAUAGCUCAAAAAUACUUUAAGAGUAUUUUAAAAAUUGCACUACGUCUAGAAAAGGCUAAUGUAAUUCUUAUGCCGAAAUCCGAGGUCUAUGAAUAUUUUCAACUCACCAUAGUAAAACCUAUAGAUUUCUCGCUCCGUGUCUAAUCUUAAAACGAUUCAUCAAAUAGCAUACAAACGAAUAUUUCUUUUCGCUAUAAUAUAGUAAGAUACGUUUCUUCGAAUUUUUCUUCUUCUUGAAAAAAAAAAAAAAAACAAAUCAACAAUAAAUUUCAUCGUAUACUAAAAAUUAUGAUUAUUUUUGAGUAUUUGAAAUAAAAAAUAUAAGUAGUAUGGAUAUGGGAGAAAAAACUAUUGAUGAUUUUUUUUUUCAUUAUAAAAAAUAAACAAUACACAGCACUGCUGUCCUACUUAAAAUAUUAAUUUUUACUCUUCAAAAUUAUAGGCGCGUGCGAUUAUCGCAACGUUGGCGGUAAAAAGCCGAAAACAAAAGUAUGUCACGCAACUGACUAAAGAUCACUGCUUGCUACAGCCGACGCCACUGUUUGCGGUCGUAAACAAUAAUAAUAUUCGUAAUAAUAAAUAAAUAAUAUUCAUGAAAUGAAUAAGUGCAUACACAUGAUCUGAACUCAAAGGGCGUUGAUAUUAGUUUUUAGAAAGGAAGUCAGAAGUAAUAAAUAUGUAUAAUUUAUCGGUAGUCGAGGAAUUUGAGGAAGUCUUUUGUUUCUUUUGCUCGUUGAACCAAUAAAGAAAAGAAAAAUUACCGGCUUUAAAUUUUGUUUCUAAUUUAGCUGAUGGAAAAAAUCUUAUGGACUCAAGGAGAACGUUCAAUAUUAUUCGCAUUAUUUUUGUGCAGUAGUUUGCGUUGGUAGAAAAAAAAAUAAAAAUGAACUAUUCAAAACUCGACAGUAAAAAAUGAUCGGUCAAAUUCUUAAAUUCUUGUCGUCAAUUGGGUGAUUGGUUUGCUGCAAGUAGCUUCCUUUUCGUAACUCAAUUCCUUUAAAUCCUUGUAACUAUCCUUAAUCCUUAUUUAUGUUAAUCAUGAUUUCUUUAAUGUAUUCCAUCCAUGGUCCUUCUCUUCCGGUCUUCUACUACGCCUUCAAUUUUGCCUUUCGUUAAGCUGUUGUGACGUAGUAGAUGCCUUAUUAUUUUGUCACUUUUAAAUUUUUUUAUCAUACAACAGUUCUUGGUUUUCCUUUUUUGCCCUAUUUCAACCCUAUUCAGAUGUUUUACUUCUUUAAUGAUACUUGUUCAAUAAAUGCGUUAUAUAUAACAACAUGGGUCGGCAUGUAUAAUGCCGUUCCGAUUCAUAGGAUCUAAAAUAGAUUAUCGGUUCCGCUAAUAAGCAUUUUUUUUUUUUUUAAUCUCUUAUUCUGUACUGAAAAACAAAGAUACUCCUAGUAUAAUUGAAUUCCAAAAGAAAAAAAAAAUUUGAAUUCGUCACUCCUGCAGAACAGUUAUAAUUAGUACCGAUUAAUCGGUUAGACGCGUUCGAUUUCUGGCUUCUUUUUUUUUUCUAAUAUUGCACUAUUGCAAUUUUGUGUAUCGUUAUAAUAUUUAUAGUCAUAAAUAUGCGAAAUUAUAUUCGUUUCGAAAUCGGAAACCUAAUGAAAACCAGUGAUUGUAGCAGAUUAUAUUCAAAGUUCCCGACCACCAUAUCAAAAUUUCCUACGUCAUAUAUUCUUUAUAGACUCGACGAAAGAUAGGUAUUUUUAUUAUACAUUUACUUAUUUCAUUGUAAUUAUAAUAUCAAAGCUACUUGCACAUGAGGAUCAUCCCACCUUCUGUUCCACGAAUAGUUAUUCCAAAGUCAACUUAUUCCAAUGGUAAAAAUUCGGGAUGGGUUGUUUAGGAACAGUUGUUUUUAUGGUUCCUACGUGUAUAUUCGCUUAAACUACACGGAACAAAGUGUUCUAUAUAAGCGUAAAAUUAAAUUCCAUUCGUGUCUGUAGUGGCUCGUUUCAUGUACUAGAGAACGCCGGUAGGCCGCCGGUGUAGAAUCCCACAGGGAUAAUAUACAAUUGGGAGGGCCACGAGAUGCGAUAUGAAGACGUAUGCGGAUAAACACGUGGAAAGUUCCCUUUGAGAAAGACGUAGACCGAUUCGAACGUUUCCGGCCGCAAAGAUUGGUUAUAGGACGGUCUUAGAGGUCUAAUGAAUCCUAAUACUAUAGUAACCAUAGUAUUACAUUUAUAGUAACCACAGUAAUACUUAGUAUGUAUACUUAUUAUAAUAAUAAUAAUAAUAUCAUUUCUCUUUCUCCCCCCCCCCUUUGUUUCUUCGCCACACUAGAUCUGUAUAUCAUUAGGAUUAUAUCGUCACGAUACGACGCGCUGUACAUUAAAUUAUACAGUUCAAUGUGGUCCGGUCGCGGUAAACGGCUUUUAAUCGAAACGCGCGCACUGCGUUAAUUGUAAUUAUUAUUACUAUAGGUAUUAUUGCACAGUGAAACUACAAAAUAUUAUUAUAAUAUUCUCCUCGUUAAUUACUCGUUUGGGUUAUUAUUUUUUUUUUUUUUUCAACUACUGUAAUGUUAUUAUCAUCGCGCAACGUGUCGUCCUGCAGGUGAAAUCCUCCGUUCCACCGUCGCCGGAACGACACCGCGCGGAAUAUCAUCGCCAUAAUAUUCGUAUGAUAAUUAUUAUAAUCGUCCUCGCGAUUCCGCGGUAGGUACGCGUACACCUUAUAACCAUUAUUAUUACCGGAUUCACGAUGGUAAUAACAACGAGAGCCGAUCGUCGAUUCGUAUUAUCACCGUUAUUGUGUUGUUUAGACGACAUCCGUCGAAUUACGCGACGUUAGAAAGCGAUCCGCAGGAAACCGUAAGUACGUCUUGUGAGAUAUUCGCCCGCCAAAACUACGAUGACACCGACAAUAAUAACAAUAUUGUUAUUGUCUUUAUAACGCGAUUGUCUUGCGGAUACGAUCCGCGGUAUUUCGCCACCGCGGGCAUCCUAAUGUUAUGAUAUUCAUAACAAAUUCUCAAUGGCGACGGUUUUCCAAAUUAUCUCCGAUUUCACAAAAGUUUAAGUGUUUAAAUUCUGAGCGCAGCACUGGUUUGACAGAGACAUGAGUUUAUUUAUUUUUAGUAAUGUGUUUUUUUUCUGUAAACCUGUUUUUUGCCUCGAUUGAAAAAUUACCGUAGAUCUUUUUUGUUGAAUUUCGGCUGCAGUUGGUGUAUUAAAAAUAUAAUUUUUUUGAUUUUCAAAGCAGUUUUGAUAAUAAUUAAGAAAAACCGAAAAGACGUAAAAUGAAAAUAGCAAUGAUUUACAGUUAAAUGACGAUUUAGACUAAGAAUUUAAAAAAUAAUAACUGUGUAGUAAUUGAGAUUGACGGAUUUAAAUUUUGAAAACGUAUUAUGAUUAUUUAGGUUCAUUAGUAAGAUAUUUUAAAUUGUAUUUCUCUUUGUCGUAUAAUAAGUAAAUAGCAAUGCAUUACAAGUACAUUUUUUUUCCUGUAGCUUUUCGGACAACUUCCUCCUUAUUCUCCCACCCCUUUCCCCAACAGUCGAUAAUUUCUUACUUUUUGGCCUUUUGUAGCAAACUUUAAACCAAGCGAAGUAUAAUAACCAGAAAAAAUCAUAUCCGUGAAUGAAUUAUUAUGAUGUGCCACUUUUCUUUUUUUUUUUUUUUUAAACCAAAUAUUUUUUAAAUUUUGAUAGAUAUCCAAAUUGUAUUCCAAACUUGUUUUGAAAAACAAAAAUCGAUAUUGUCGUACAACGUUAAAAAAAAAAUACUUUUAUGAAAAUCGAUAAAAAUCGAGUUGUUCUUUGGUCAAAACUUUAAAACAAGAGGUGCUAAAACUUUCUUUAUUUAAAUAAAAACGGUCUUUGUAUCUAAACUAGAUUCAUACCGAAUCAAAAUCAAUAUUCUUGAUUGUUGAUUUUAUUUUUAGUUGGUAAUAAUAAUACAUCGAAACUCGGCAUUUACUAACGUUACAAAGUCGCAAAAAACGUGCAACUAUCCGAUAUUCAAAUAACUUUUUUUCUACUGAUAACUAAACCAUAAGUCGGGAAUUAAAAAAAAAAAAAAAAACAAAACAAAAGUGACUAUAACAGGCUACAGCUAGAAUUACAUUCAGGUAAUGUAUUAAAACCAAGUAACUUUCCCGGCUUUGAUAAUAUAACUGAAGGGUUGGACUAUUUAGGAACACGGACGACAAAUCUCUCUGUACUUAUCUCGAUCGAUCAGAUUAACUCCAACGCUAUCUAUAUUUAUGAUUUUAUCCGCACAAAGUUAUAAUUUAUUAAACGUACUCGUAUAAUUCUGUUACUAUUAUAUUCGUUUCGGGUAUUUUUUUUUUUAUUUCUAAUACAUAGAAUAAGUAACUGGUUACCAGAGUGCUUUACUGUUCACAUAAUGUACGACGAUUUUCAUUUUCCAUUGUUUUCGUUAAUCUUCAAUAAUUAUUACGGCCGUUGUAAACAUCGUCGUUAUAUAUUUUUUUUUUUUUUGAAAAGUGAAUAUAAAGGAACUCUAUCAGACUGUUUUGAUCCAGAUUUCGUAUAUAGCAUCUUAAAAAUAAUGACAGUAGCGUGAUUGAUCUUAUAACCAUUAUGUAUUACGAUCUCACGACUUGUACAUAGAAAAAAAAAAGCUGAUAUUACGGAUGGGCGUGUUAUUGUUUUAGGAGCGAAUUUGGAAUGGAGGGCAUGUAGAGUAAUUAAAUUUUUUAUAUCUGUACGCUAAAUCAUUACUAGGUAACGACGAAAAACGAUUAAGUGUAUUAUUGAUCGUAGUUUCUCUUUGCUACCAAGGUAACCCAGAAAUCAACAAAAAUAUUAUAAUAAAUUAGCAGUUUUCCCAUUUUUAUGAAGAAAAAUACUAGGGAAAUCGAAAAAAUGACCUCGCCAAUACAUAAACUAGAUCAAAAGGAAGUUUCUACAAAAUUUUUGGUUGGAACAAAAUUUCUGAUAGAAAAAUUUUUUACAAAUACAAAAAGAACACCACAGAAUACUAAUCAUUACUCCUUUCAUUCAAAAUCUAUAAACAUCGAUCUGAUUUGUUAUUAUAAAACUUCCAAAAGAAAUAUAUAAUUUUUUAAGGUAUUCUAUUAGGCACCAAUAACCAACAGUAGUUUUUUACUUUGAACUUUACCGAUAAUGCGACUGUGAAAUAUUAAAAAUCAGCUGUUAAAAUGAUAUAACUAAUUUUAUUACGGAUUUUCUCAACAACUACAAACUACGAUGUAAUAACAAAGGUAGAAUAUUAAAACAACGGAAUUCAAUGUCGUUUGGUAGUUUUUCGUUAUUUUCUGGAAACUAUAAUAUUAGAGGGCCCGAGUGAGAGUGCGGGUUAUUCAAAUUCUCUCCGCUAAUUUCAUUAACAUAAAAAGAACAUUAUUUUUAAAAUUUUAAUAACCACCUUAAUGAUUCAAUUCAGCUUUUCAAUUUAUCUACUGCCUGAUACCCAUUUAAGAGAUACGGCUGGUUUUACCGAAGAAUAUUUAUGGAGUUUAUGGGAAUAGAGAAAACAUGUGGUUGUCAAUUUAAUAAUUGCAUACAAUUCAUCUUUUUAACUGAUAAAAAUUAUAGUAUCUCAAAACAAGUCGGUAAAAAAGGCAAUAUGUAUUAUUUUAAAGUUUAAUUUUGAUACAUUUGAAACACAGAGUUUAAUGCAAACAAUAUACAGUGCCGUAAACAGUACUUUUUUCCAAAAAAAAUAAAAAAAUAAUAAUAAUAAUCGUCAAAAAACAAGACAUAACGUGCUGACACCGAUCUUCUUCAGGAAUAUUACAAACAGGCAGUUAAACAGCCCGCAAUAGCAUGGAAAAAAAAUUCCGCAGAUUGAUUGAUCCUAUUCUACGUUUUCAUGUGGUCAAAUCGCUUUAAACGUAACAAUAAUAUUAUUUCCUUCGCAUACGUAUAUGAUGCAAAAAAAUAAAAAAACCAGCAGUACGGGCGUCAGGUGUUCGUCUUCCUCGGAGCACGACGAUAAUGGCCAUUGUUAUUUUAAAUUUAAACGCUAUAUAAUUUAUCGCGUUCUAUAAGAAUGAAUCCUAGGGAAGCCGAGAAUUAAAAUGUAUACGCUAUAUUGCUUGUAGGUAUACCUACUAUUUUCCUUGUCGUUUUUUCGCAAUUUCGGAGGCAUUGAACUGAGAUUUAACAAAAAGAAACCGAAAAAAAAAAAUCAUUUGUGUUCUGCAAUCACAUUCUUAAUAUACGCAGUAUUCAACGGUUACAACUUCUCCGGACCCGUUCGCUGCAGGAUUUACAACUAAUUUAUUUCAAACACGUAUAGUGUUUGCAUAGGUAUUUUUUUUUUUUUUUGAUGUAUGCACUUUUAUAUUUAAUGCUCUUGUAUUAUUUUGGAUAAAAAGUUGAAACCCCCAGUUGACACAUCCCAUUGAUAAUGACGUCAUGCAUGUACACAAUUAAUUUGGAUACUUGAUUCGUUUAGAGAACCGCGUACAAAACUAAAUAUAACCCUUCUCCUGUAACAAUGCGGUCAAAUCAUUGGUGUACCACAACCCAUGUUGUAUUAUUUCAAUCCAUGAAAAAAACAACUUUAAUUAUCUAGUCCCAUUCGAUCUAGACGGAUUUGCAAAAAGCGCCCAAAUGUAGCGAGAAAAACACAGUGCCGAUAUUCAACAAAACCGAAGAAUGUUUUAACUCUCUGUGAACGGGAAACGAGACCGAGGAUGAUAAUAUUAUAAUAAUUACAAUACAAUAUCACUGCAAUCGAGUUUUCGUGAUUUCCCGCUGAAUAAUGCGGAUCGCCCACGCGGAUUCGAGCGCACGGUUAAGGCAAACAUCUACGAGCGAAUAUGAUCUUAUUAUAUCAGGAUACGAAAGCAAAGUCAUAAUGAAAAGAAAAAGAAAUAAUGAAAUAAAUACGAUAUCGUUUUGCUAUAUCGCUAUAUUAUUAUAUUAUAUAUUAUUCAUUUUCUUUGUUCGGUCCGACCUACAUUCGUAUAUAAUAUACCUAACUUCGUUAUACACGAAAUCGGUAAAUAAUAAUAUUUACGAGUGAAGGGGAACGGCUGCAGAUGUGUAUAUAUAUAUGCGCGUGCGCUCACGCGCGUGUGUGUGUGCGUGUAUGUGAGUGUGUGCGUGUGUGUGUGUGCGUAACGGUUCACGAUUUCCAGCCGCUGCCGCUGCCGUUUUGGACGGACCUUGGGAAACAACGGCCGCGAUAAAUAAUUAAAAAAUAUAUAAAUAAAACUAUUAUACACUACAGACCUACGCGUACAUUGAUUUUUUCGUGAAAUUUGAACACCAAACGCUCAAAAAAAAAAAAAAAAUUGCGUUAUUAUCUUAUACUGACGUAUUGUAUAUCGAUUUUACAGUGCCUGAUUUUAACCGAAACUUGGUGGCCAAGUGCGCUAUCCGAGUCAGGGCCUUAUUCUAUACAUAUUUUUAUAUCAGGAACGGAAGCAAACAACAUUUUGGGGGAGCGGGAAUUGACCCCGCAUGUUCACCGUGGUAUAAUUUAAUAAUACUCUGUAAAAAAACGUCCGACUUAGACGUAUUUUCUAUAUAUCUUACCGCUAUUUAAAUAUUUUUUUAAUGCGGGUAUUACUUAAAGUUAUACUUCACAGAAAUAUUAACACUUCAUUAUAUAAAAAAAAAAAAAAAAAAAAAAAAAAAAAAAAUGGAGACAUGUGUCAGUAUUUCUGGAAGAAAACAACAAAAAACAAUGAAAUCAAAUCGAUAACUCCGCGGCACGUUGUAAAUAUUUGCCAUUUUAUCAGUAAUUUACUUUUCGGUUUAACCUCGUGGAAAAUUGAAGAAUGACCUGUUAAAUGCACCAACUAAAUACAAUUUCCUUUCAGAAAAGCUGCUACACUUUAUACAUCGCAGCAAGAUUUCGGGUAGAAAUGUUGUUUAUGGACACAAACAAAUAAUAUAUAUUAUAAUAAAAACCGAAUCUAAAAUCAGACAACAACGAGUAAAAUCACACCGUAGUAAAUGGAAUGCUCAGAAACUAAUAAAAAAAAAAAUAUCGUUCACACAGAAAUUUCUACUGCACGGACGAAUUUUACAAUGAAUUCGCAAACGCUAAAACUAAAAAUUAUAAUAUAUUGUUUUAUAAGAGUUUUUACGAUUUAUAGUACAAAGUUCUGUCAAAUAGUGUGAGCCACGUGCUCGUCUACAGGCGAUGUAUGCACUUUUUUUUUUUCAACAGGAAAUAGUUUACCCACUUUAUACGUGCUGCAUGUGUGUUUUUCUCGCCGACAAUUUCUCGUCUUUCCUCUCUCCUACCCACUGUUUUCCGCAGAGUUGCGUAUUUUAUAUUAUUUAGACUUGCCGGACGCUAUACACUGCUGCAAUUGUAUUAGUUUCUGUCACCGGACGUUGUCGUUUCUCAUCGCACGGCACCGAUUUCACACUCCAAAAUCUGUGCCAAAACGCUUUUUUAACGAGAUUAACACGAAAUUUCAUUUUAUUAUUGGCAUUUCUCCGUCGGCGUGUAAAUAAAACCGUUGCACAUAGUUCAUUGCAGAUCCCAUAGUUCGGAAAUUCGCACAAGAAGUGCGGUGUUUCACUGAUGAAUAACGUAUAAUCCGUAUAGAAAAAAAGGGUUAUUAUUAUUUUUUUUUUUUUUACAAAUAGUAUACCAAUUUGAGAAAUAUUUAGGUAGGUAAUUUGAAAUUUUGCAUUUUUUUGGCACUAUUUUUUUCUUUAUUUUCGAAUUUUCCACGAAAAUUACAGACUAUUGCACUAGUUAUUGUCUCUUUUCCUGAAUACCAAAUGAUCUCAAACUUGAGAAUUAGAGAAUUUUUGAUUGAAGUGAUAAAAUUUCGGUUAAAUUUCAAUACUUGAAUUUCACCAUGUUAUCAUGGAAGGAAAGUAAUUUUUUUUAGAUUUUUACAAUCUACAGACACUAUACAUACUCAAAUAAAUUCAGUCAGUCAAACUUUUAUAUAUAUAUAUAUAUAUAUAUAUAACCAUUUUUGUGAUUAAAUUUCAUGUUUUAAGAAAAUAUAAAAAUUCGGGCAACCUUAGAUAUUUUAGAUCAAUUAAAUAUAUAAAAAAAGAAAUAAUAUAGUAUAAACAAUCUAGCUGGAGGAAAAUUUGACUCUUAUGACAGAAUUCUGCUGUUCACUGGUGUUUCUUUUAUAAACUUAUCAUUCUAUAAUAUAAAGAGGAAAAUUCGAUAGCAUUUACGUGGGAAUUAACAUCAUGCAGUUCUCGAGUACAGUUUUCUCUUAUACGCAGGUUCCUUACCGACUAUAUAUAAUAAUUUUCGGACAUAUUUGUGAAGAAAAAAUGAAAUCGUCAUCUUUCAAAUAAAAAAAAAAAAAAAAAUACAAAUACAAAUAAUAUACAAUAAUUAUGAGUUUUCUAAAAAAACAAAACUACAAUUCGAGUAAAAUCGAGUAAGACACUCAAACGUCCGGUACCUAUGUUAUAAUAUAGAACAUCCGUUUUCAUUGUUUCGUUUGAAAAUUCUAUUUCUAUACCUUCUACGUUAUUAUAAUACCAUCUACAUAAAAUAACAAAAAAAAAAAAUUAAAAACUACUAUUACUUAUAGAAACACCGUCUCUAUAGUUUCUAGUACUUGUCUAAAGUAAUCAAUCGGACAACAAAAAAAAAAAAAAUUGAUAAAGAAUUGUAUUAAAUAAUUUUACGAUAACCGUUUAGUAAUAUCAUUAAGAGGACACCUGUGCAUCACAUCACUUUACUCCGUACUUUAAAAUAUAAUGUGGAGUUUUCGCCCAGUAGUACUUUUUACCAUAUAAAGUUUCAUACAAAUUGUAUCCAAAAAAUGUUUAAAACAAAUUUAAAAAAAAAAAAAAACUGAUUACAAACUGCGAUAAAUUGGAUUUUUUUUCUAUUUCUGAAUACCUUAACUAUACAUAAAACCAUGACCAAUUUUUCGAUUGUAAUGAUAUAUUUAAUGACUUUUGGUAUUUAAACUCAAUUGUUCUAUAUAGCCUAUAGCUUCCAAACGUCCCAUUUCCGGAAACUAUUAAAGUAGGCCUUAAAUACACGCGCACCCACGGCAAGAGAAAUGCUCACGGAGGAUAUGUGUGGGUCUUUUUUUAUUAUUAUUUAACUAAUACUGUAAGUAUAUUUAAAUAGUUUGAAUAUCAGUUAACUACAAUGAUUAACCAUGUUUUCCUCGAUAAAAGAAACGUAAAUAGAAAGAUAAAUUUUUGAAAUUCAUACUGCCCUCCCACUCACUAGAAAUUAAAUCAUUGAAGGUGCCACUGGCUGCACGUGCCUGUUCUAAUACAAUAUGUAUACAUACGUAUUACAUACUAUUAGGUCGUAUUCCGUAUUUUUAUAGUGCGAGACAUUCGGAAUAUUAUUCGGAUUAUAUUUUAUCGAACGGGUUUUUAGGUCGAAACGUUUAAGGAGAGCACGAGCGCGUGCGCAAUCUACCGGUCUACGCUUAUUACCUACAUAUCGGAAGGCGAAAAAAAAAACAAAACAAAAAUCGUGUGUCCGCCCGUCAGCUAAUACGCACGAAAAUAAUAAUAAUAUCGUCGUCGAAUGCGUAUAUUUUACUAUCUACCAAUAUAUUAUAAUAUUGUUAUAAUGACGGACACUCUGUUCCGUUUUCUCGUACUGCACGACCCGCCGAAACGAAAAUUACUACUGCAUCACGAGCGCACAUAUUAUUACCAUAAAUUGUAUUAAAAAUUCUGAAAUAAUAUUUUCGUGACGCCUUACUAAAAUAUACAAUUAAAUAUUUUACAACCGCAUUGACGAAAAACUUUUAAAUGUUUUCUAGAUUUUCGUCUUUUUUUUUUUUAAUGUUAUUCAGUUUUAUUCAGAGUGCCAUUAUACAAGUUUAACCCUUUUUUGUAGCAGAAUUUUCUCUAACAAUUGCGAUACUGAUGUACGUGAUGAUUAUUUAUUCCUUAUUACAUUUUUUUUUUUUUUUAUCUAUAUAUCAUUUCAACUUUCAUAUUUUUUUAUUAGUUAUUAUAUGAUAUUAUAGAUUUUUUCUUACGGAUAGCGACUCAAAGACAUUACUUUUGUUUCGGGUUUCGUUUUCCAAUAUUUAAAUACCAAUUCUCCAGCAGCCAAUGCGUUCUAAUCUGUAGAAUUGUACGUAUAAAGAAUAAAGAUGGACUGAGGAGUAUUCUAUUUACUGCUAUAUCGACAAAUAAUUUACCAAAGAAAAACCCCGGUUUGGUCAAAGCGAUACCCAAAAAAGAAAUCAAGAGGCUCAAACACUUAUUGUGAUCAACUCAAUGACGUUUUUAAACAUUUUGUUGAAAUAUUAUUAUUUUGAACAAAUUUUAAGAGAGUCCGUCACGUAGAAGCCUCUUCUAGAUACCUACGGUCUUUGGUCCAGAGAACGCCUCAAAAUGCUGUGACAUAAAAAUUGUUUCCAGGUGGUGCUGGUGCAUGGUAUUAUUUUGAUUAUCUACAAUUUGUUGUUGUUUCUAAAAUUAUUUUGACGUGGAGGAAAACGUUUGUUGUUUUUCUGUUGUAAUUACUAUAUUAUUAUUAACUUGAAAUGCUUGAAAAUAAAUUAAUCAUGGAUUAUAAACAAGCCAUCGUGUUGGCACUAUUAAGUAGUGCAAUGAGCCUAUACAAUUUGAUACUGAGACUUCAUUGUUUUUUUAUAAUAUUUUCCUCGGACAUUUUUUUCCCAGAUCAUCCACGAUAAGACUACCAUUUUGACGGUCCCAUCAGUUUAAAAUUAUUAAAGUCUCCGUUCUAUCGGUGAUGUCCUAAAUACUGCGACUAAAUUCACCUAAUCAAUGCAUCCACGCAUAGCCGAUAACUAUAAUAUCAUUGCAGUCAAAACAAAAAUUGAAGGAUUUUGUGCAAUUUAACCAGACAGCUCCAGUUAUUGGCGAAAUUCGUGUUUUCAUUAUUUCUGACGUAGAAAAUUAUUCUCAUAUUUUCUGUGCAGCAAUUACGAAAUAAAUCCGAUUAUCCGUAUGCAAAUUAUAAAUAAUUUAAGAUAAUUCUGGACAAAAAACAACUUCAAACAUAUACGGUUAUGCAUAGCCUUUAUCUCGAUGAAACGGUACAUUUUUUAAUACUGUUUAAAUUAAUUUUGAAAUCGAUUGUAUCGUGAUCAUAAUACGUUUAAAAUAUUUGUAUUUAUUUAUUUUUUUUAAAUUUCCGAGAAGGAUUGGAAAACGGAGCAGUAUUCUGAUUACGGAGCCGUUCAACUAUUACAACAUAGGUAAUCCGUGGUCUGCCGUCAAAAGGUCGUGUACCCACCGUAGAACCUGAGCCUAAAACAAAUAUCGGAAAAGAAAACGUACUCGUAUUCAUAGGUACCUAAUACGAAAUGGGCGAGGCGUGACCGCGGAUAUUCAACGGGCGGGAUUUUGUAGUAAAUAAUCGCGAUUCGCGAGUGAACCGCAGAGUUUUAUUUCGUUGUACCCUAUCUCGUCGAAGAAAAUUCGAAAGUCUGGUGGAAAACGUCCACGCUAUUCGGCCGAAGCGCGCGUGCACACGAAUUCAAAACGAAAUUACUAGAUUGUAGUACACGGGGCUGUUGUGCUUUCAAACGAAUCGGCACGGUACACGAGCCCGCGACGGUUUCCCCGUCCGCGCGUGCCGCGGCGCACGUGGCGGGUAGCUUCUCCGAACGAGGAACGGAACUGGGAACAUUGGGCGCUAUCGAAGUCGUGUCUGCCGCAACCGAGUGCUCAUCAACAGAUCGAUUUUUCUCCCCCGCGGAGUAUUUAUUGUCGCCACGCGUGUUGUACGGCCGAUUGUUUGGCGUGCGCGGGACGCAGACGAUUCGGGAACGUCCGAUACGUCCGGCGCGACCGGUCCGACAGUUCGUUACGUGCGGUCCGUAUCCGCGCAACGCGCGCGCGUGGGCUUAAUGGUCUCGCUGUUUCGCGGGUCGGCGCGGCGCGGCUACAGCACACGGUAGUUAUCUCCCGUAGACAUCGUCACGUCGUUGCACAAAAGCCAAUGGUAUCCGAUGUGUGGUUACGCAAGCCGAUGCGCCCGUCGUGUUUGGUUGUUCCGAUUACGUAUUACAAUAACAAUAACAAUAAUAUCGCGUGUGCGUCCGCCCGCGACCUUGGACACCGCGACAAUGGGAAAAAUCUCUCCGCGGCCCGCAUCACCGCGUAAGGCGUACGGACGUGACCGCGGCGAUCGUCGGCGCGUUUUUGUCCAAUACGAAAUAUAUAUAAGACGUGAAAUAAUAAUAAAAAAAAAAAAGAAAAAGAAAAAGUCAAAGUAAUUUGGACGGUCGAAAAAGAAUUCCUGUUUUGUACCGCGAGACGUGAAUAUUAUACCGUGAAGACGCGCGGAUGGGGUUUUUUUUAUUCAGUUUGCGCAGCACCGCUUUUUAAUAUUACACACUGUUUCGGUUACCCGCUUCUAUACCGAUGGCGCAAGUAGUGGGAGGGGAAAAAAAACCCAAAAUAAAAUAUAAUAAACGCAACGUGCGCAGGUAUACAAUACCUGUAAUAAUAUUAUUUACGACGAAUCGCGCCGGAAUUCGAUUAAAAUCACCGCCGUCGUUUUAUUCACAGAUCCGACGUAAGAACAACGACGGCAGAAAGAAAAAAAAAAAAUUAACAGUACCUACGUACCGGAAAGACGUGUAAAUGACGAAAAAAAAAAAAAUAAUAAAACGUUACGCGAACAGUAUCUCCGAAGAGGGCGCGCGAGAUAUUCGGAUAAAUAUCUAUAACUGCGCAAUGUUUCGUUUCCGUACGAAUGCGGUUUUUUUUUUUUCCUCCUCGAAAAUUCGAAUCAAUUACCGACCGAAACCGCCGGCCGCCACCGCAGUUAAUCGGAUCCAACACGAAUAUCGAGCGCGCGACCGUCCGCGUUAUUACGAUACCACGGGUGCGCACAUUAGACGAGCACAUUUUCCGUAUUAUCCGUCGCGGUGUUAAAAAUAUUACAAAUAAUAUCCGAGUCGCGCAAUAACCAUCGUAAUAAUAAUACGGCCAUAGGUCGGUUAUAUGUGCCUAUAAUAAUAAUAAUAAUAAUAAUAUUACGAUAGUUCUCGACGAGUCAUGAUAAUAACAAUAAUAAUAAUAAUACGAGCAACGAGAUAAAAUAAUAUGAUAACGAUAAUGCGCACUCGUUUAACCCUGAUUACGUCACUGCGGCUGCCCAAUGAAACGCGAAAAAACGCUUUUAAACGGUUUUCGGCGUGCGUUUCGACGCCGCCGCGGUCGUAGGUCGACCGGCACGGUCGUGAUGCACGUCGGUAUUGCGAGUGAGCGUCGGGAAUCCGGCCGGGUCGGUCCCGACGCAAGGACGCCGUGUACGGUGGUGGGCGCUCUAGGGCUGCAGCCCUCCCCCUCCCCCCGUGAGCUCGAUAAGACCGAACUCAGCCCUCCCGUAUAUUAUAAACGAAAAAAAAUUAAAAAAAUAAACAUUUAUCGUGUACAUCCUCGAAUUACUAUAAUUCUAUUUAUAACAAAUAUUAUUCGAGAAAGAUAAAGACGGUUUUAUUUUUGAUACUGAUAGCGAUGCAGAUUUCGGUAAUCGCAACCGGGUUCUCGGUUAAUUGGAGUCUGGUGUCUGGAAUUUUUUAAUUUUCGUCUUGUGACUUGUCAUGACGCCAUAAUACUAUCAAAAUGUUCCAAUAUACAAAUCAACAAAUAACUAUAUUUUAGUAAUAUCGUUUAAUGAACAAUCUAAAGAAAAUAAUAACAGGAAAUAUAUGGUGAGAUUUGAGUAAAACUGUACAUGUGUUUAUAUAAUAGUGAGCUCCCCACGGCAUUUUUAAAACCGGGUGCCUCUGCCCGGCGUCGCUUAUGAAAUCGAUUUUUAUUUUACGAUCCGCGGACCCGUUUUCGUCCUGUUCGUCCAACUGCGUUGCGGGACGGUUAGGUUUGGUUAGGCUAAGCCCGGCGAGUCGAUUGUUAGUGUAGGUAGGUAACUGUAGAGUAUAAUAUAACGGAUUGCAGGUUAUAUAGUUAAAUUGAUAAAUAAACCGGACAAAGCCCGGCAUACUUCUCGGGUCACAGUUGUUAAUAGAUAGAGUUGUAAAGGUGCGUAGGAUAUUUACUGCGGGAUAAUUUAGUUUAUAUACCGUAUACAACGAUAUAUUAUAUUAUUGUAAACGAGUAGUGUUGCAGGUCGUAUUUGUCUCUCGUUGCCGAGAUAAUCUCAAAACCAAUAAAAAAUUUUAAAAAAAAAACGGAUCUAGAGGGUGAACCUUUUGAAAAUACCGAUAAAUAUUUCCAGUAAAGACAGACGUUUCGCGUCUUUUGAGGAACCUCGUGGAAAAAAAACUGCUACCCAUUAUUGAUUUUCGCAAAUGGAAUGAAUAUUAGUUUAAAUACAUUUCGGGUAUUCAUAAAUCAUUUUUUUGAAAAAAUAAGUAUUCCGUGAACAAUUUGACUGUUACAUGAAAUUCGGAUUACCAAAUUUAGACAACGUUUUAUUUAUUAUUUAUUGUUGUUUUCAGGAUGGGCGCGGCAGAGAUACCGGAAAUCCGUCCGUCCGCCGUCGGUACUUUGCAGGGAACCCUCGACCCGGGAAGAGACUUUGCCGUGGGUGCCGAAGUGGACCAUGAUGACGACAUCAAAACCAUCGAAGAGGCCCGGAUGAUGAUCAAACAGCUCAGGGACCGAUGUCGAUUUCAGACACACCAGACACUGUUAUGGCGGAAAAAAGCCAAAAUACAGGUAUACUGAUCUACGGUAUACAGGACCCGUCUGAAUAAAAUAUAUGUAAAAUACAAAUAGGUAUUGGUGUUACUUACAGUAUAGUUAGUGAUGCGCAGAUCCGAAUACAUAGUUACUAUCGAACUAUUUCGAUAGGUUGAAAACUAUUCGGUUAUGGAAAACUAUUCGUAUAGUUAUUCGAAAUAUUCGAUAGUUCGUCUAAACUGUCAAAAACUAUCGAUAGUACCUAUAAACUCUCGUGUCUAUACUAUUAUAAGUAUCCAAUAUAAUGCUGACUAUACAGUUCGCAGAUGUUCCGCAAACCCAGUGUGCGCUAUGGCGUGUCCUGUCUUCCGCCCGUAAAGUUUUGCGGUAAAUCAAUCGAAAACAAUAUAUAAAAGUUGUUCAGUAAUAACGUUAAACGCACGCCGGAACCUAAUUACGGACAAAAUUCGAAAACAGUGGUCGAUAUAUUAUAAUGUUACCCGGAAGCCGUAUCUCGUCUGCGGUCGCGUCUUCUCACAGUUGCGCAAUCUGCCGGAUGAUACACUUCCGGCGGAGUUGCGGUCGUAUAUAAUGUUACCCUGAAAAACGGUAUACACCUAUCAAAAAUGCGGUUACGAGCGACGUUUUGCAAUGCUUUCUGUCGUGAACAGCUGACAUUUGUACGGUAUUUAUUAUUCGAGUAAUGCAAAACACAAAGCGAAUUUAUUGAUGUCAUACAUACACAAAACACCCGUGAGCAGUAUAGCUCCGUUACUAUAUUAUAGUCAACUUCCCCACCCCUAGUUUCUAUUAUGGAGAUAUUUUUUUUUUAAAACAAAACUUUGUAUUAUUAUACUACAACUACACUAUACUUUCAAACAAAUUGCGAAAUUUUAGUACACAAAUGGUAGUGGAAUAGACGGGGAUUGAAAGUUUAAACACCUGCAAGGCAUAUCCUUGACAGUAACGCCAUGCAAAAUUUCAGCCCUUGGCUUCAUUUGAGAGGAUCUGUAUGAGUGUUCAAACCUAAAAACAUCUCACUCCCGUAACAAUAUGAUGAAAUUUCAUAUUGAAAUUCAUUAAAACUUUUAUCAUUUUAAACAUCUUGUAAAACAACUCCGAACCUCGAGUUUGUGUCCAUUUGGUUCAGGGGGAGCCACUUUAAGUAUUCAAAAGUGGCGGAGAAAAGACGAAUAUUUUUAUAUUAAAUAAAUGACAGUGCAAUAGUAUCUAUUUUUGGGGAAAAUUCGGACAAAAUAAUCAUAAAUAUUUAAUUUAUUUUUUAAAACAUAAUUUUUUUUCAUCGUACAAAUAAAUAAUAAUGGCUUCUGCAUAAUGUAUACGAAAUGUCAUCCUUUUCGUUUUCGUUAACCUUUGCGUCUAUACAUUAUUUUGUGUUAUUGUUAUAAUAAGGGGGUAGGUUUUUAUUAAAAAGCCGCAAUAAACUUUUCCAGUAAAUUUCUCCAACUAAUUCUGCGAAUUGAGUUUUUUUUCAGUAGCCUGAAAACUAACAAAUAGGUUCCUGAUCAUCGUAUGGGAUAACAAUAAAAUCAAAAAUGAAUAAUUUAUACGAGAAAAUUGAACGAAUAAUAACGUAACGCGUAGAACAAUUUCGAAACAAUUUUUUUAAAAAAAAACCACUAAGACAUGUCGACACAAUAACAACAUGUUCACAUAAGGUGUUCCAGCCAACCUCCUCGCGGCGUCUCCUCGAAACGUAAUUGGAUUGAUUCUUAUUUGGGACUCGAAUAUUUACCGCAUUUAACUCUGUAGACCCGAGUCGGUGUACCGCUUUUGGUCAUUUUUUAAUUGGGAAUGGGAUUACCUAAAACUGUUGAAACAAGCCUCGGAUUACCUUAAACUCUUAAAGAUUCUGUAAGUAGCUACGCAGAACGUUUAUGCGAUUCGCUCAAAUGCGGGCAAUAGUAAAUUAAAACGAUGGCGUGAAAAAAAAAAAUAAGUAAUAAAUUCGAAUUUGCCGGUCGUCGAGCGGAUAAAAAAGCGCUCGUCGCCGUCGGGAAUUUGACCUCAACCGCGACAAGUUCAAGGCAAACGUCGUCGCAGUAUUGCCGACGGCUUCGGACUUCGGUUUACAUAAUAAUUAUUAUGACGUUCGCCCGUCUACUUUAAAUGACUUUACCCGACGCCGAGGACGCGAAAAAACCGUGGGCGACGAUUUUUAUAAUAAGUUUGCGCGUUAUAAGGUCGGUCGGUAAUAUAAUCUGCUUAAGUACCGCGGCUAUGUUAUGGUUUCUGUAUAGUCACACCCCCGCUUGGAUGCAGCCAUAAGCUAUACAGGUAUAAACAGCACAUGCGCACGGUCGAUGUAAUAACGUUCGAAAUCCAUUAAUAUAAGGUACUUCUUUACUGUAUAAUUAUGUUCAGUCUUUGUUAGUCCAAAGUUGAUGGGCAUGUUAAUAGAUUUGUCCGACACUAGUUUAAGCCGAGUAAUACUAAAAUAUUAAAAAACAAUACAACAAUGGCUAUUUAUACAUGCGUGUUAAAAUUACUUUUAAAACAACGAAUUUCGUAUAAGUCGAUAGUUCUUAACUUUUGACAAACUUACGAUUUACUUUUUUUAUUUUUAAAUCACUCUUAUCAAUAUACGCAUCGUAAACGUAUUGUGUACUCUUGACUCUUAAUUAUUCUUUUGCGAGUGGUUAUUUUACAUGUUAUUACUUUUAAUUAAUAUUCCCCAAAAAUACGUAAUUACGGCGAAAUAUAAAUGCGAACAUAGUUGGUAUGAAUUUGUUUACCAAAAAAAAAAUGUAUAAAUAACUUAUUUACAAUAUAACUUAAUAAAAAUAAAAUUGUACAUAAGGAGAUUUAAAACAGAACGGAAAUUUUGUUAUCUUACUUUGCCUGGUACACGAAUCUGUUGUCCGUCAGUCCGAUCGAUGUACUGAAGCGAUAAAAAUUCAGAAAACCGAUCCGAAGAGAAUAUAUUCAAAAGAUAAAACAUCACGGUACAGCUAUUGAGUUAUAGGUAUAUUAGUUGUUUAUUGUUGUUUUUUUUUUUUUUUGGUAACCAAAAUUUAAUACAAUUUCUUUACAAAAAGAGCUACGUACAGCCCAUGAAAUAUUUCCCCCUUUAAAUUUUGUUAUUUGUGUUUAAACCAAAACGCUACAAAUGUUUAUGAUUUGAGUAGCGUUAUUUUAAUAUGCUGUCUGUCAGACUGAAAAACAACAGAUGUAGCGUCCGCUAAUCGCGUGCAAUAUACCGGACAAUUUGAAAAAUCCACAUGCGGCACACAAAACUGUGCCAAAUAUAAUAUUAUAAUGUGCAAUUAUUUUACAAUACGGAAUGCCUUGAUUAUUGACGGGUCCGGUUCAGUUUUUUUUUUUUUUUUUUUCUUGGAAACUAAUACGUAAGUACAAACUUAAUAAUAUUAUUCGCAUUCGUAUAGAGUGUGUAGUACGCGGACCGAAACGGCCGCCGACGACGGCCACGACGGUACCGUUAAGACUUCGCACAGACCUACUAAAGAAACGCGUGGAAAUAACGAAAAAAAAAAAAAACUGUUCGAAACGUAAUGCAAUAAUAAUAAUUCGUUACCGUGCACUUUUCCGAAUCGAUGGAAAAAAAAACAACAACAAAUAACCGCGGAAAUCGGUUCGCUGCCAAUCCUAACGGGAAAUCUCCCGAUAAUCGUAUCGCGGAUUCGCGAUUGCUCCGGUCCGGGAUCUUGGUUUUUAUUAAAACGUACAAAACCAACGACGUCGCGUCGUCGAAUUGUUCAUUUUCGUCUAACACGCACGACCAGCCGAACGGGGAAAAAAAAAAAAACAUCGCGCAAAACCCUACAAAACAUCAGGGCGAUUCGUUUGUCACGCGGCGGCACGAAAUCCAUCGCGAAUACUUUGCAUUUCACCGUGUUUUACGUGAGAGAUUUCGGUUUUUUGUUUUUUUUUUUUUUUUGUAGUUUUUAAUAUCCCUACAAAUGGAUAGGGGGGGAUGGACAUUUAACAAAUGUGCUUAAACCCAGAGGCGAGUUUGUUCAACUCAUGAAACGGACAAUUAUUGUUCGCCCAUUGUCAAAACGAAUUGUUAUACAUUUGUUAUUGUUAUUAUUAAUUAUUCGUAUAUUUCUAAAAUUAAUUACGAAAAAAUAAACAAAUUUGAUAAUUAUAACGUUAUAUUUCGAAAAAAAUAUCAGCCGCAGUAAAUAAUAUAAUAUUAAAAAUACAUUAAUCGACAAGAAAAUCAUUAAUCAAAUAUGUCCAUUGUUAUUAUGCGUACAUAUUUUUUACACACAUUCUGCGUUCACAAUAAUAAUCGCCAAUUUCAUGAAUCGGACGAAUACACCCGUGGUCUUGUGACAUACGCGUGGUGCUAUACUGUCAAAGACGUGCUUUCUGAGGGUUUUAACUUCUGUCGCUCGCCCCUAAUGUCCUUACGUUCAAAGUUUUCAUUUUUUUUUUUCUGUCUUUUUGGAAGUAGUAUUGUCGUCGCAGUACAUUAUCGUAUUGUUAUGGGCUGCGCGGCGUUCGGUUAUUGAGUAUUGUACGAGGAUCAUUAACAUUUUUAUAAUACAUAAUAGAUUGGGGGAAAAAAUUCUGCUCUAGUGACGGGGUUUACUGGCGUCGUGUUCAAUCAUUACACAGAAUCGUUUAUUCAAAUAUCGUAUGAUCAUAAUGUAUUCAUGUCCGUAAAAAGUUUAAAAUAUUGUACUCUUAUCGCGUGCCGGCCGCGUCUUGCAUAUUCGACAUAGAGCAGUGCCCUUCAGCCCGUCGUCCAACGGCCGGAGUUGCACGCCUAUUUCUCAUGUCUCGUUAAUUGAAAAACACAUUUUAUUUUUUUUUUUUCCAUUUCAUCCGAACGCCGUAUUUGCAGGUCGUUUAUCCGAUCCCGUUUAUUACGCGCAUUACCUAACACGGACGGAUCAACUCGAUUUACUUUUCAAAUGCGUCCGAUUUCCUGUUUUCUAACAUGUUUUUAACUGCGUCAAAGGUAUUUGUUUGAUUUUUUUUUUUUUUUGCGCAAAAUAAUACCGACUAAUGUCGUUGUAUUAUAUAACUACUACUACGACUGUAUAGGCAUAAUAGAGCGUAAAACCUUAAUUUUAGACGCGUCGAAAUAGUGUGCCCUCGCCGACUGUGAUAGGAUACAAUUAUCUGAAACACAAUCACCAUAUACCUACCUACUUUAUUUAAUCUAGAUAAACCCAAACCAUCUAAUCUUUAUCUUCCUACUUAUUUUUAGUAAACACGUAGACAAUAGGUUCUAUAUUAUAAAGAGAAAAUAUGUACCUUUAUCAGAGUAUUUUUUACAGGUAUUUUAUUAAGAAUGUUUUGAAUCUGAAUUACACAUAUACCUUCUCAAAUUAAUAUUUGUUUGAAUUAUCUUAGUUUUUUCAAAUAUUAUUUAGAUAACAGAAAAUUACGCUGUAAUCUUCAAACGCACACACACACACACACACACACACAUAUAUACAUAAGACACAUUUUUAACCAUUAUCUUUUAUCAGGAUAAAAAUAUCGAUUAUAUUUUCCGAUACUGCUCACCGGAAAAAAUAUUCGUGUUAAAUAGCGUCAACAUUCGUUGUUUUCGUAAAGGAUUACAAUAGUAUGCGAUUGUUACUUAACGGAACGUCGAUUCGACCUGGUCGCGAAACGAACACGCGUCCGGAAAUUCUACCCGGCGCGUAACGUACGCGUGUAAUAUCGUUUUAAAAUGUGUGCAAACACUGUUUAUCAUUAUUUACAUUCAGUCCGAUUUUGUUUAACGGCGUCUGAACCGUAUGCUAACACAACCUUGUUCCUGGGAAUCGGUUUAGGAGUUUGUACGGUACGACGACGACGCGGUAUAUGAGAUAUCCGGUAUAAUGGUGGAGUAGAUAAGACUGUGUUUGGUCGGGGAUAUAAACACGGGCCGGUAUUGAAAUCUUCCCCGUUUCCAGAUCUCAAACGCCUAUUGACUCGUGACAAAAAAACUCUCGGAUUCGUCCAAACAGGAUUAUACGCUUUAUUCUCGACGAAUGUAUACGUAAACAGGAUUUUCGUCGCCGGAAAUUUACGUUAUCUUCUUUGGACCUUUACGGUUCUUUGUGCGCGACUCCGAAAAUGUAUAACAACAUUAAUACGUAGAAAUAAAGUUAAACCGUGAAAACACAUAUAGUAUUAAAUAAUUAUAAAGGACACGUACUCUGUGUAAUUAGAUACUUUAAAUACAAAUAAAGUUUAUUAAAGUAAAAAAAAGACGGACAUGUUCUGCAAGAUGGGUGAGCCACUGCUACAGGUGAGAAAACGGGAGAACUAUUUUUAAUUGAAUUACAAUAAAAAAACAAAAUUGAAUAUAAUACAUUUCAUAAAUUUUGCUAUGUUUUUCACAAGUUUUUCCAGGAUUUUCUCAAUAAUUAUGAAAACUCCUAGGAAAAUCAAAAAAUGCCUUUUCUAAGUACCACCCAUAUCAAAUUUUCUUUUAGAUUUCAUACUACACUUGGAAACCGGAGGAAGUCUUCUGGUAGAAAAGUUGUUCACAAAAAAAAAAAAUAAACAUCAUUGUAAAACCAAAACGAUGAUUUAUAUUUAAAUUGUUUGUGGUAACUACCUAAGCUAAAUGAAACGCUUUUCUAGUUCCCUUAUCUUCACUCUGAAUACUCCCGGGACUGAUUUCCGGAGACUUUUCGCAAAGGUCCACAAAGUUUAAAUAAGAGAAUUUAGUGUUCAUAAACAAAUUUUUUUUCCAACACUAAUUUGUGUUCUUUUAUAGGAAGAACGGCUGAUGAAAAUGAGUGCGGAAUACGGGAGCCGAUUGGAAUCGUUGACUUCGGACUUGUUGCUGUUUGAGGCGCGGCUAAGCCGUAAGCAGAGGGCCAUCAGUGAGCUGUUGGACCAGCGGGAGUGCGUCAUUGACCGACAGCAGCACGUCAUCCGCUGUCUUCACUCGAGGCUCGCCGACUUCGGGGUGACCGUGACCGCCAGGGACUCGUCAUUGGUUGGCGGCGGCUGUGGCGGAGGUCCGAAUUCGGACGAAGGCAACGUGGACGACAGCGACAGCGCGGUGAUCAUGGAGGAGGACGAGUCGGGCAACAGCCAGGAAGACGCGACCGAGAGGGCUCCGAAAGGGGCGACGGGUAAUACGAUAGAGGGCGGCGGGGGAGGCGCGAACGGCCAACGAGCCCAUCAGCCCGUGGGUGCUGUGGACGACGGCCGGGGAGGAGAGAACGUUACCGCGACCACUUAUAACCGGGUGAUGAGCAACCACCGCUCGGUGACCAAGCCCAAGGACGUCAAGUACAAGCGCAUCAACAAGGCCAAGUCCAAGUCGCUGGAGGAGCUCCGGGGACGGCUGAAAAACUGGGUGGACCGCGGACAGCGCAUGUCACUCACCGUCGAUCCCACGUACGGAUGA